AUGGGGAGGGAAGAUAUUAAAAGUGUGGUACUAGAGAACCUUUCAUCAUGCUGCUGCCAGAGCUUGCAGCAGCUGGUCCUCUCUGCAGAGAUGGAGAAAACUGAACUUUGCUUUCCACAGCUCCUCAACACCUCCUGCAGGAAAUCAAUACGUCCUCACUUUGAGGUCAUGCUGACUUACAUACUGCUGUCCUCCAUCUCUGUGGUCACUGCUACUCUAAACCUGCUGGUCAUCAUCUCCAUCUCCCACUUCAAGUAUUGUUUCAUGAAAUCAAAUGUCUAAUGUUUAACAGUGGUAGACAGAGUAUACUUUCAGAGCAGUAUUGUGUUUUUGUUUUUUUGUCAUUGUUUGAUUUGUAUUUAUCCAGAUUCCUGACACUCUCGAUAACAUUUAACAUGUUUUCUUCCUCAGGCAGCUUCAUACCCCCACCAACAUCCUCCUCCUCUCUCUGGCUGUCUCAGAUUUCUUCGUUGGCUUCUUCAUGUUAUUUCAGAUCAUGCUGGUAGACAAUUGCUGGUUUCUUGGCGACCUGAUGUGUACUAUUUAUCAGUAUAUUGCAUAUAUUGUUAUCUCUGCCUCAGUAGGAACGAUGGUAAUCAUAUCUAUUGAUCGUUAUGUGGCUAUUUGUCAUCCUCUACAUUACCCUAGAAAGGUCACUCAAAAAAGAGCUCAACUGUGUGUUUUUCUCUGCUGGGCUUGGUCUGUGAUCUUCUCAAGUCUGAUACUGAAGGAUAUCCUUGAAAAACCAGGGAGGUACAACUCUUGCUUUGGAGAGUGUAUCUUUUUUAUUGACUACAUAGCUGGGAUUGCAGAUCUAAUUUUCUCCUUAAUUUUUCCCAUAACGAUUAUUGUUGUUUUGUAUAUGAGAGUGUUUGUGGUGGCUGUGUCUCAGGCUCGAGCUAUUCACUGUCAUGGUGGAACUGUCACACAAAAAUCAACACGAGUAACAGCCAAAAAGUCUGAAAUGAAAGCAGCCAGGACUCUGGGUAUUAUUGUGAUAGUGUUCAUAAUUUGUCUCUGUCCGUACUAUUGUGUUGCUCUCACAGGCCAGGAUAACCUGUUCAAUGCAUUCUCAUUUGCUUUUGUGGUAUGUUUGACCUAUUUUAACUCUUGUGUCAACCCUGUGAUUUAUGCCCUUUUCUACCCCUGGUUUAGAAAGUCUAUCAGACUUAUUGUGACUCUAAAGAUAUUGCAGCCUAACUCCUGUAAUGCUCAAGUGUUGUAGAGACCACUAAAUCCAAAAGGUUCUUUGAACUUUAUAAUGCAAAGCAUCUCCUCUUAUGCAUCAGUUAUUUCAUAUCUGCUUUUCUUGCAGCAUAGAUAGCAGAUCGUCGCCUGUAAAUAUAUGACCAGAAAUUUUAGGACACAUUAUAAUUCUUUCAUCAGCUGUUGCAAAUUUUCACAGAAACUGUUUUUCUGACAUUUGAGUUAUAUAAAAGGGUGAUAUUGUACCAGUCUUUAAAGUGUUGUAGGCAGUUGUUCCUUAAAAAUACUGGGUCCCAUCCAUGAAUCAUGAACAGAAUGAAUUUGUGUAUAAACUGUUUGCUGAAUAUUAUUUAUGUGAACUCCUGUAUUCAUUAAAAUCUAUACCUGCUACUGCCUGCUCAUAGUGUUUGUGUGAAAUAGAAAUGUGCAUAAAUGUUGCUUUUAAGUAUCACAAAUCACAAUUUUAGUUCAUAUUGUGCUCUGUCGUGUUCACAAUAGACAGAUGUAUUUGAGAGAAGUAAUCUAAACAUGAACAUAAAAUUGCAAUGUAUCAUAUUUAGCAAAGUUAAUUAGUACUUUAUAAGUACUAUAUAACUGCAUGAUAUAUGUUUUUUAUAUGUCUAGUGAUGAUUAAUUCAUAAAUUAGACAUUUGCCAUGCCUUUUGGACUGGUGAGGUGCAUAACAGCUUCAUCCUGCACAACAGAAAAUAAAGCAGUAAACUGACUACUCAGUAAGAACAAAGCUGUUUUACAUAAAUGCAUGUGUACGAGGCCCUUGGUUGCACAGAUCAUAACCCAUACCCACAAAUUUCUGCAUGGAAAUUGUUUUUUUUCUUGACCCACUGCCUCAUACAUGCAUAUUGUGAAGAGGCCUAACUAUUGUAGGGGUAGUGUUCACCCACUGAAGCCAUAGGUUGUGACUCCUCUAGCCCACCUAGUAAUCAAUAUGCACCUGUAGUAUCUGUAAGGCUGACUGCAGUAGUAAAAAUAAGUAGUGUUGUACUGAAUUCUUAUUCAAACUCUGAACAUAAAUCAAAGAGAAAUUUGCGGUACGAGAGUCCAGAAUUUUGACAGGACUCAUCAAUGGACUUGGACCAGAGUAUUGACUGUAUCUGGACUCAGAGGGUGGAGAAAUGUACUAGAAUGUACAGUAUUUAUGUAUUUAAUAUUAAGGACCCCUUUGUUUGUACACACACACACACACACACACACACACACACACACACACACACACACACACACACACACACACACACACACACACACACACACACACACACCACUCUGAUAAUUUCAUCAAUUUAAAGAAAAAGUUGACAUAUGCUCAGCUCUGAGUGCAUGCUAUCUUGUCCAGCUACACUUCCUGUCAGGAUGCCCAAUGAGGCCCCAUGAAUCAUGCAUUUUACUUUCAAAGGUUUUACAAUUAGAGCGAGUAGGAGCAGCGCACUAUAACCCCCCAAUGACCUGAUAGCCUAAUAUGGGUCUAAAUCUUAAGACCUUAACAACAACAUCAGAAGGAGGAUGGGGAGGGAAGAUAUUAAAGGUGUUGCUUCACAGAACCUUUCAUCAUGCUGCUGCCAGAGCUUGCAGCAGCUGGUCCUCUCUGCAGAGAUGGAGAAAACUGAACUUUGCUUUCCACAGCUCCUCAACACCUCCUGCAAGAAAUCAAUACGUCCUCACUUUGAGGUCAUGCUGACUUACAUACUGCUGUCCUCUAUCUCUGUGGUCACUGCUACUCUAAACCUGCUGGUCAUCAUCUCCAUCUCUCACUUCAAGUAUUGUUUCAUGAAAUCAAAUGUCUAAUGUUUAACAGUGGUAGAAAGAGUAUGCUAUCAGAUGAAUUUUCUAGUAUUGUCUUUAUCCAGAUUCCUGACACUCUCAAUAACAUUGAACAUGCUUUCUUCCUCAGGCAGCUUCAUACCCCCACCAACAUCCUCCUCCUCUCUCUGGCUGUCUCAGAUUUCUUCGUUGGCUUCCUCAUGUUAUUUCAGAUCAUGUUCAUGGACAGUUGCUGGAUACUUGGUGACCUGAUGUGUACAAUUUAUCAGUUAUUUGGAUAUAUAGUUGUCUCUGCCUCAGUAGGAACGAUGGUGAUCAUAUCUAUUGAUCGUUAUGUGGCUAUUUGUCAUCCUCUGCAUUACCCUAGAAAGGUCACUCAAAAAAGAGCUCAACUGAGUGUUUAUCUCUGCUGGAUUGGUUCAGUUAUCUUCCAAAGUCUGAUACUGAAGGAUAUCCUUGAAAAACCAGGGAGGUACAACUCUUGCUUUGGAGAGUGUAUCUUCUUUAUUAACUACAUAGCUGGGAUUGCAGAUCUCACUCUCUCCUUCAUUGUUCCCGUUACAUUUAUUGUUGUUUUGUAUAUGAGAGUGUUUGUGGUGGCUGUGUCUCAGGCUCGGGCAAUUCGCUCUCAUGUUGGAAAUGCCACACAAAAAUCAACACGAGUAACAGCCAAAAAGUCUGAAAUGAAAGCAGCCAGGACUCUGGGUAUUAUUGUGAUAGUGUUCAUAAUUUGUCUCUGUCCGUAUUAUUGUGUUGCUCUCACAGGCCAGGACAACCUGUUCAAUGCAUUCUCGUUUGCUUUUGUGGUAUGUUUGACCUAUUUUAAUUCUUGUGUCAACCCUGUGAUUUACGCCUUUUUCUACCCCUGGUUUAGAAAGUCCAUCAAACUUAUUCUUACUCUACAGAUAUUGCAGCCUAACUCCUGUAAUGCUCAAGUACUGUAGAGACCACUAAAUCAAGGAAAUUUAAUUUCUGUGGAUUUUAAAAUACAUUUUUCGUCGUGCUGUCAAUGUAUCUCCUUUGAUGCAUCAGUUAUUUUCAAUCUGCUUCUGUUGCAGCAUAGAUAGCAGAUCUUCACCCGUAACUGUAUAACUUCACAACCAGACAUUUUAUGGACACAUUGGCCCUCAUUUAUCAAUCUUGCGCAGAUCUGAGCGCAGGAUUCAUCGUAUGAUAGGACACACGUGAGAUUUAUGAAAAGGUUCAUAUCUGACCAGUCCCAGUGUGCGUAUGAUCGGAUAAAUGCGGCAGUAAACUGACUACUCAGCAAGAACAUAGCUGUUUUACAUAAAUGCAUGUGUACAGGGGCUCUGCUUGAACAGAUAAUAAUCCAUACCUACUGAUAUCUUUAUGGACAAUUGUUUUUCUUUUUCUUAACCUGACACCCACUACUCCAUACAUGUAUAUUUUGAAGAGGCCUAAUUAUUGUAGGAGGUAGAGGUUACCCACUGAAGCCAUGGGUCACCACAGGACCCAGCAACUAAUCUGUAAUAUCAGUAAGGCUGACUGCAGUAGUAAAAAUAGAUCAUGUUUUACUUAAUUCUUACUCAGUCUUGAACUUAGACGGGACUCAUCAAUGGACUCGGACCAUCUGUAUUAACUGCAUCUGUACUCAGAGGGUGAAGAGAUGUACUGGAAUGUAUUUAUUUUUUGAAAGAUCCUUUUGUUUGUUUCUGUUAGAUUUUUUUGAAUAUAAAACUGAUCAUUUCAUCACUAUAAAGAAAAAAUUGACAUGUUCAGCUCUGAGUGUGUGUUUAUAUAAUUUCUUGUCCAGCUUCCACUUCCUGUUAGGAUGCCCAAUAAGGCAUCAUGCAUUUUACUUUCAAAGGUUUUACAAUUCGAGCAAGUAAGAGCGGUGCAACCUUCCUAAACUCAAACUUGAACAGAAACCUACAAGAAAAGCAGAAAAGUACAAGAGAAGCUGAAGUUACUUGGACUGCCAGUUAUACCGUUAAAGACUAUCAUCUACAGUACAAAAUAUCAUUCAAAGAUUCAGAGAGUCUGGGAAAACCUCUGUACAAAACGGAAAAAAUAGACGCUGUAUCCUCUGCUCUUAUCAGUAGAGGUACCACCAAGCUCAUUAUCAACUCACAGUUUAAAGCCAGCACCCCUGAUAUUAUGUGGAUCAUAAGUGUCCAUGGCAUGGGUAGCUUCAACAUCUAUGAAGGCUCUAAUAAUGCUGAACAAAAUCUACAGGUUUAGGAGAAACUUACACUGCCAUCCAGACAAUGAUGUUUUUAGGGAAGACAUUUAUAUUUCAGCAAGACAAUGACAAACGACAAUCUGCAGGUUUUACAACAGCAUGACUCUGUAGCGGAAGAGUUUUGCUGCUAAACAGGCCCGCCUGGGGUCCUGACUUGUCACUGAAGUUCUUUGUCCACAAAUCUUCGUAAGGAUAACUCAUGACAAGGGAAUUGAUUGCUGCUACUUCAUUUCUUGUAUAUGUAUUUUUAUUUCUGUAUCUAAAAAUGAAAAUAAAAUGAUCAGAUUUACAUUUGCAUGUUGUAACACAGCAAUAGAAGCUGGUCUCAUAAAAGCAGUGGAAAUAAAUGCCACAGAUACUUCAGGGUUUCCCCUACAUGCAAUUGAUCAUGAGGCACCACCACAACUAAAAAAUUAUGUUUUUCUUCCAUGGCUCUACCUCAGGCUCAUAAGCAUCACUGUAUGUGGUGCACACAUGCGCUGCACCGCGGAGCAUGCGCACACCUAGCUUUAGUGAUUUAUCGUCAGCUAUCACACAGCUGAUUAAUUACCUUAAAAGGUUACCACAAUUAAGUUUAGUAACUGUACUAACUUGUAUUAACGCUAACUCUAGCAGAGAAACCAGACAUGUAAACAACUAGGGGAUUUAAAAUGAUGGGUAUAUUGUAUACAAAAUUUUUAGCAUGAACUCACAGACCGUGCCUACCAAAGUCGGCUUCCUCAUGUGCACAGCCGCAUAUUAAAUGGGGCCAAAAGAAAAAAAGAAACUCAAUAAACCUUAAACAAUGGUGUCUUCUGAAGAUGGAUCCUGCGGUUGGCCACACUGCGAUGUUGAUUCCUCCACAGUCCACUUCAACGCUGGCUCGCCAUGGAACAAGAAGUUCAGAUCCCGAACUAUCCAGUCUGGAAAAAAACAAAACAAUUAUGCACAUAGUACAGAAUGCAUAAGUCAAAAUCUUUCUCUUUAUUGAUUUCCUUAACUCAAAACCAUCAUUAAACUUUCUUAUCAAGUGUAUUUACAGUGCUCGAAUUAAUAUGAAAUGAAUUGAUACACAUCACAUUUCAUCAAGAUAUUUCAUUGCCAAUGACCAACCUAUGUACUCUUGUACUGCAAUAUAUAUAUAUAUAUAUAUAUAUAUAUAUAUAUAUAUGUAUAUAUCACCACAAAUUAAAUCAUAUUAAUUCAUAUCACGAACCUGGAGCAUCGUAAGCUCACAUGGAAGGAUCUUUGGGAAAUGGAAGGAAGCCAAAUCAGCCUGCAGUUUGGAUUGCUCCCCCGCCUGAUGUGGCCUCUAACAGUCUAUGAGAUCCCCAUGACCAAAGUCGAGAAGAUGGAAAGAACAGUGAGCUCAUACAUCAAGAAGUGGCUUGGCCUCCCGCGUUGCCUCAGCAACAUUGGCUUGUAUGGACAUGGUGCCCUGGAACUGCCCAUCUCUAGCCUCACAGAGGAGUUUAAGUGCACCAAGGUGAGGCUGAACAUGACCCUGACUGAGUUGCAAGAUGAGGUGAUCCGUGCAGCUGCUCCCAGACUGGCAACUGGGAGGAAAUGGAACCCAUCUGAGGCGGUACAGCAAUCCAAAUCUGCUCUCAGGCAUGGAGACAUUGUGGGACAGGUGCAGCAUGGAAGAGGCGGGUUUGGACUCGGAACAAGUCGACCCACAUGGCACAAAGCAACAUCAACCCAGAGGAGAAAGCUGGUGGUUGCUCAGGUUCGGCAACAAGAGGAGUCAAACAUAUGCACGACAGCAGUAGCACAGUCCAAACAGGGACAGUGGACCAGCUGGGAAAACCUGGAGCAUCGUAAGCUCACAUGGAAGAAUCUUUGGGAAAUGGAAGGAAGCCAAAUCAGCUUCAUCAUCAGAGCCACCUAUGAUGUUCUUCCCACACCCAAAAACCUAAACCAAUGGUUUGGAGAAGAUCCUUCUUGUGCACUCUGUCAAACACCUGCAACACUGAGUCACAUCCUCACCGGCUGUAAAACCAGUCUGUCCCAAGGCCGCUACACCUGGAGACACAACCAGGUCCUAAGACAACUGGCGAUCACUCUGGAAGGAAGGAGAACAACCAUCAAUGCCCUCCCUCCACCAAUGCCUAGACGCCCAAACACCACCCCAUUUGUAAGAGCAGGACAACCACCGGCAAAACCAUCUGCAAGAGUGGAGGCAACCCUCCUAGACUCUGCCCGGGACUGGAGGAUGCAGGUUGACCUAGACCAAAAACUCAUCUUUCCGCCUGAGAUCCUUCCAACUAGCCUCAGGCCGGACCUGGUCUUGUGGUCAACCACCCAGAAGGUUGCAUUCAUCAUUGAAUUAACUGUACCGUGGGAGGCAGCAGUUGGUGAAGCAUAUGAGCGCAAACGACUGAAGUAUGCGGACAUAGCAGCCGAGGCAGAGAAGCGCGGCUGGAGGGCCCAGGUGCUUCCGGUGGAGGUUGGGUGCAGAGGCUUCGUUGCAACAUCCACAACCAAGCUUCUGAAGAGAUUGGGAGUACGAGGACAGGCCUUCCGACGAGCCAUCAAAUCAAUAUCAGAGGCUGCCGAACGAAGCAGCAGAUGGCUCUGGAUCAAGAGAAAAGACUCCACCUGGGCUGCAAAAUGACCACCUAGGGGUAAAAGCAGAGGGGGGCACACCUGGGACGCCAGGUGUCGCCGUUGAGCCCCCUGGAGGUGUCGUGGGCCUAUCAAUGAAACACCAGUGAAGGGGGGUGCCCACCUGAAGACCCCAGUGAAGCUUUUACCCCCCCCACUCAAUUCCAAGUGCUGAUAUAAGGGAUUGUAAUAACUAGUCCUAUGAGCUCAACAUAGGACAUUUCUGAAAUCCUCUAUUUAUGCUUUUUAAAAUGUUGAACUUUUUAACCCAUUAAAUGACAUGAACCAUCUAUGUGACAUAUAAGAAUGCAUAUAAUACAUAUUAUAUGUAUUACAUUCCUUAAAUGAAAUAGCUUUUAACUCAAAAUCAAGUAUAAUGCACCUUUAAUAGUGUGAAACACUGUCAGAGCACCGCCCAUAAUGCUAGCAGUACUCUAAAGGCAACAACAGCUAACCUUAUGCUAGCUAGCCGUUAGCUUGAUGCUACCGUUAUUAGCGAUCUUUCAUAUUAACUCAUAUCACAGCUGAGAAUGAUUAGCGUCUGUGAAGUAUCAGGCACUUGGUAACAGUGUUAAACACGGAUUGGUUUAUGAGAAAAGGCGAUACUAUCACUCCAAUGACUCAAUGGGGCUAUAUGAGGUUAUACCAUAGCACUGGCAUUAGCGUUAGCAUUUCUAAAGCCCGCAACAGAUGCGCCUCGUUUAACUUCCACCUUCACACUAAUACUGCAGGGUUUUGUGUGAAUUUAUGGCUCUAAUAGUGUAUUUCCUUACCGGGAGUUCGCACCAAGCAAUUGUGUCCUCUCAGGCUCUCAGGACCAUAGACAUAAUGAAAGAGGUAGACAGACAAUACACAAAAAGAUGAUAAUAAAUAAAAUAAUAAAUAAAAUGAAUGAAAUCUAGAUUAAUAUCUAAAAAUGUGACUGUGGGAAUUUAUUUAUUUCAAAAUAAAUUUCAAAUCCUUGAAAGGAAGUAGGCAGAGUCCCAAGAACUGAAAACUUUCUUCACAAAUUUCAAAGACUUAUUUUGAUCAGAUCAUAAUAUGUGACUGCAGUCACUUAUUUAUUAACUAGUUUAUCAAAUUAAAUUUCUGGGCACAAAAACAGAUGUGGAACAGCGGUUAAAAAGAGGGUUGUGGAUCUGCUUGGCUGUCCGGCUCUGCAGACCCGUACUAUUAAAACAAGCUCAGAAACCCAGUCUGGGUUACAUGAGCUUUUCUGUCACCCUCUGCACCUUAUUGAAAGUUUGGGCUUCUGUUUAGUUCACUGAGUUCUUCAUCCAGUUUCUUUAGUAAUGGUCGCAUAAUGUGUUGACAACUUCUAUUGUCUUUGCAAAAUGAUUACUCCAGUAGAUUUAAUGGGCCUAAACCUUGAAACCUUGACAACAACAUCAAAAGAAGGAUGGGGAGGGAAGGUAUUAAAGGUGUUACAUUAGAGGACCUUUCAUCAUGCUGCUGCCAGAGCUUGCAGCAGCUUGUCCUUUCUGCAGAGAUGGAGAAAACUGAACUUUGCUUUCCACAGCUCCUCAACACCUCCUGCAGGAAAUCAAUACGUCCUCACUUUGAGGUCAUGCUGACUUACAUACUGCUGUCCUCCAUCUCUGUGGUCACUGCUACUCUAAACCUGCUGGUCAUCAUCUCCAUCUCCCACUUCAAGUAUUAAUUCAUGAAAUCAAAUGUCUAUUGUUUAACAGUGGUAGAAAGAGUAUACUAUCAGAUGAAUUUUCUAGUAUUGUCUUUAUCUAGAUUCCUGACACUCUCAAUAACAUUUAACAUGUUUUCUUCCUCAGGCAGCUUCAUACCCCCACCAACAUCCUCCUCCUCUCUCUGGCUGUCUCAGAUUUCUUUGUUGGCUUCCUCAUGUUAUUUCAGAUCAUGUUCAUGGACAGUUGCUGGAUACUUGGUGACCUGAUGUGUACAAUUUAUCAGUAUAUUGCAUAUAUUGUUGUCUCUGCCUCAGUAGGAACGAUGGUAAUCAUAUCUAUUGAUCGUUAUGUGGCUAUUUGUCAUCCUCUGCAUUACCCUAGAAAGGUCACUCAAAAAAGAGCUCAACUGUGUGUUUGUGUCUCCUGGAUUUGGUGUGUGAUCUUCUCAAGUCUGAUACUGAAGGAUAUCCUUGAAAAACCAGGGAGGUACAACUCUUGCUUUGGAGAGUGUAUCUUCUUUAUUAACUACAUAGCUGGGAUUGCAGAUCUCAUUCUCUCCUUCAUUGUUCCCAUUACAUUUAUUGUUGUUUUGUAUAUGAGAGUGUUUGUGGUGGCUGUGUCUCAGGCUCGGGCAAUUCGCUCUCAUGUUGGAACUGUUACACAAAAAUCAACACGAGUAACAGCCAAAAAGUCUGAAAUGAAAGCAGCCAGGACUCUGGGUGUUAUUGUGAUAGUGUUCAUAAUUUGUCUCUGUCCGUAUUAUUGUGCUGCUCUCACAGGCCAGGAUAACACACCUAGUGCAUCCGCAUUUGCUUCUGUGGUAUGUUUGACCUAUUUUAACUCUUGUGUCAACCCUGUGAUUUACGCCUUUUUCUACCCCUGGUUCAGAAAGUCUAUCAAACUUAUUCUUACUCUAAAGAUAUUGCAGCCUAACUCCUGUAAUGCUCAAGUACUGUAGAGACCACUAAAUCAAGGAAAUUCAAUUUCUGUGAAUUUUAAAAUACAUUUGUUGUCGUGCUGUCAGUGUAUCUCCUUUGAUGCAUCAGUUAUUUUCAAUCUGCUUCUCUUGCAGCAUAGAUAGCAGAUCUUUACCUGUAACUGUAUAACUUCACAACCAGACAUUUUAUGGACACAUUGGCCCUCAUUUAUCAAUCUUUCGCAGAUCUGAGUGCAGGAUUCAUCGUACGAUAGGACACACGUGAGAUUUAUGAAAGGGUUCGUAUCUGACCAAUCCAAGCAUACGUAUGAUCGGAUAAACGCGGCGGCUGAAAUCGAUCGUCAUCCUGCACAACAGAAAAUGAAACAGUAAACUGACUACUCAGCAAGAACAUAGCUGUUUUACAUAAAUGCAUGUGUACAGGGGCUCUGCUUGAACAGAUAAUAAUCCAUACCUACUGAUAUCUUCAUGGACAAUUGUUUUUCUUUUUUUUAACCUGACACCCACUACUCCAUACAUGUAUAUUUUGAAGAGGCCUAAUUAUUGUAGGAGGUAGAGGUUACCCACUGAAGCCAUGGGUCACCACAGGACCCAGCAACUAAUCUGUAAUAUCAGUAAGGCUGACUGCAGUAGUAAAAAUAGAUCAUGUUUUACUUAAUUCUUACUCAGUCUUGAACUUAGACGGGACUCAUCAAUGGACUCGGACCAUCUGUAUUAACUGCAUCUGUACUCAGAGGGUGAAGAGAUGUACUGGAAUGUAUUUAUUUUUUGAAAGAUCCUUUUGUUUGUUUCUGUUAGAUUUUUUUGAAUAUAAAACUGAUCAUUUCAUCACUAUAAAGAAAAAAUUGACAUGUUCAGCUCUGAGUGUGUGUUUAUAUAAUUUCUUGUCCAGCUUCCACUUCCUGUUAGGAUGCCCAAUAAGGCAUCAUGCAUUUUACUUUCAAAGGUUUUACAAUUCGAGCAAGUAAGAGCGGUGCAACCUUCCUAAACUCAAACUUGAACAGAAACCUACAAGAAAAGCAGAAAAGUACAAGAGAAGCUGAAGUUACUUGGACUGCCAGUUAUACCGUUAAAGACUAUCAUCUACAGUACAAAAUAUCAUUCAAAGAUUCAGAGAGUCUGGGAAAACCUCUGUACAAAACGGAAAAAAUAGAUGCUGUAUCCUCUGCUCUUAUCAGUAGAGGUACCACCAAGCUCAUUAUCAACUCACAGUUUAAAGCCAGCACCCCUGAUAUUAUGUGGAUCAUAAGUGUCCAUGGCAUGGGUAGCUUCAACAUCUAUGAAGGCUCUAAUAAUGCUGAACAAAAUCUACAGGUUUAGGAGAAACUUACACUGCCAUCCAGACAAUGAUGUUUUUAGGUAAGACAUUUAUAUUUCAGCAAGACAAUGACAAACGACAAUCUGCAGGUUUUACAACAGCAUGACUCUGUAGCGGAAGAGUUUUGCUGCUAAACAGGCCCGCCUGGGGUCCUGACUUGUCACUGAAGUUCUUUGUCCACAAAUCUUUGUAAGGAUAACUCAUGACAAAGGAAUUGAUUGCUGCUACUUCAUUUCUUGUAUAUGUAUUUUUAUUUCUGUAUCUAAAAAUGAAAAUAAAAUGAUCAGAUUUACAUUUGCAUGUUGUAACACAGCAAUAGAAGCUGGUCUCAUAAAAGCAGUGGAAAUAAAUGCCACAGAUACUUCAGGGUUUCCCCUACAUGCAAUUGAUCAUGAGGCACCACCACAACUAAAAAAUUAUGUUUUUCUUCCAUGGCUCUACCUCAGGCUCAUAAGCAUCACUGUAUGUGGUGCACACAUGCGCUGCACCGCGGAGCAUGCGCACACCUAGCUUUAGUGAUUUAUCGUCAGCUAUCACACAGCUGAUUAAUUACCUUAAAAGGUUACCACAAUUAAGUUUAGUAACUGUACUAACUUGUAUUAACACUAACUCUAGCAGAGAAACCAGACAUGUAAACAACUAGGGGAUUUAAAAUGAUGGGUAUAUUGUAUACAAAAUUUUUAGCAUGAACUCACAGACCGUGCCUACCGAAGUCGGCUUCCUCAUGUGCACAGCCGCAUAUUAAAUGGGGCCAAAAGAAAAAAAGAAACUCAAUAAACCUUAAACAAUGGUGUCUUCUGAAGAUGGAUCCUGCGGUUGGCCACACUGCGAUGUUGAUUCCUCCACAGUCCACUUCAACGCUGGCUCGCCAUGGAACAAGAAGUUCAGAUCCCGAACUAUCCAGUCUGGAAAAAAACAAAACAAUUAUGCACACAGUACAGAAUGCAUAAGUCAAAAUCUUUCUCUUUAUUGAUUUCCUUAACUCAAAACCAUCAUUAAACUUUCUUAUCAAGUGUAUUUACAGUGCUCUAAUUAAUAUGAAAUGAAUUGAUACACAUCACAUUUCAUCAAGAUAUUUCAUUGCCAAUGACCAACCUAUGUACUCUUGUACUGCAAUAUAUAUAUAUAUAUAUAUAUAUAUAUAUAUAUAUAUAUGUAUAUAUCACCACAAAUUAAAUCAUAGGACAUUUCUGAAAUCCUCUAUUUAUGCUUUUUAAAAUGUUGAACUUUUUAAUCCAUUAAAUGACAUGAACCAUCUAUGUGACAUAUAAGAAUGCAUAUAAUACAUAUUAUAUGUAUUACAUUCCUUAAAUGAAAUAGCUUUUAACUCAAAAUCAAGUAUAAUGCACCUUUAAUAGUGUGAAACACUGUCAGAGCACCGCCCAUAAUGCUAGCAGUACUCUAAAGGCAACAACAGCUAACCUUAUGCUAGCUAGCCGUUAGCUUGAUGCUACCGUUAUUAGCGAUCUUUCAUAUUAACUCAUAUCACAGCUGAGAAUGAUUAGCGUCUGUGAAGUAUCAGGCACUUGGUAACAGUGUUAAACACGGAUUGGUUUAUGAGAAAAGGCGAUACUAUCACUCCAAUGACUCAAUGGGGCUAUAUGAGGUUAUACCAUAGCACUGGCAUUAGCGUUAGCAUUUCUAAGGCCCGCAACAGAUGCGCCUCGUUUAACUUCCACCUUCACACUAAUACUGCAGGGUUUUGUGUGAAUUUAUGGCUCUAAUAGUGUAUUUCCUUACCGGGAGUUCGCAGCAAGCAAUUGUGUCCUCUCAGGCUCUCAGGACCAUAGACAUAAUGAAAGAUGUAGACAGACAAUACACAAAAAGAUGAUAAUAAAUAAAAUAAUAAAUAAAAUGAAUGAAAUCUAGAUUAAUAUCUAAAUAUGUGACUGUGGGAAUUUAUUUAUUUCAAAAUAAAUUUCAAAUCCUUGAAAGGAAGUAGGCAGAGUCCCAAGAACUGAAAACUUUCUUCACAAAUUUCAAAGACUUAUUUUGAUCAGAUCAUAAUAUGUGACUGCAGUCACUUAUUUAUUAACUAGUUUAUCAAAUUAAAUUUCUGGGCACAAAAACAGAUGUGGAACAGCGGUUAAAAAGAGGGUUGUGGAUCUGCUUGGCUGUCCGGCUCUGCAGACCCGUACUAUUAAAACAAGCUCAGAAACCCAGUCUGGGUUACAUGAGCUUUUCUGUCACCCUCUGCACCUUAUUGAAAGUUUGGGCUUCUGUUUAGUUCACUGAGUUCUUCAUCCAGUUUCUUUAGUAAUGGUCGCAUAAUGUGUUGACAACUUCUAUUGUCUUUGCAAAAUGAUUACUCCAGUAGAUUUAAUGGGCCUAAACCUUGAAACCUUGACAACAACAUCAAAAGAAGGAUGGGGAGGGAAGGUAUUAAAGGUGUUACAUUAGAGGACCUUUCAUCAUGCUGCUGCCAGAGCUUGCAGCAGCUUGUCCUUUCUGCAGAGAUGGAGAAAACUGAACUUUGCUUUCCACAGCUCCUCAACACCUCCUGCAGGAAAUCAAUACGUCCUCACUUUGAGGUCAUGCUGACUUACAUACUGCUGUCCUCCAUCGCUGUGGUCACUGCUACUCUAAACCUGCUGGUCAUCAUCUCCAUCUCCCACUUCAAGUAUUAAUUCAUGAAAUCAAAUGUCUAUUGUUUAACAGUGGUAGAAAGAGUAUACUAUCAGAUGAAUUUUCUAGUAUUGUCUUUAUCUAGAUUCCUGACACUCUCAAUAACAUUUAACAUGUUUUCUUCCUCAGGCAGCUUCAUACCCCCACCAACAUCCUCCUCCUCUCUCUGGCUGUCUCAGAUUUCUUUGUUGGCUUCCUCAUGUUAUUUCAGAUCAUGUUCAUGGACAGUUGCUGGAUACUUGGUGACCUGAUGUGUACAAUUUAUCAGUUAUUUGGAUAUAUUGUUGUCUCUGCCUCAGUAGGAACGAUGGUAAUCAUAUCUAUUGAUCGUUAUGUGGCUAUUUGUCAUCCUCUGCAUUACCCUAGAAAGGUCACUCAAAAAAGAGCUCAACUGUGUGUUUGUGUCUCCUGGAUUUGGUGUGUGAUCUUCUCAAGUCUGAUACUGAAGGAUAUCCUUGAAAAACCAGGGAGGUACAACUCUUGCUUUGGAGAGUGUAUCUUCUUUAUUAACUACAUAGCUGGGAUUGCAGAUCUCAUUCUCUCCUUCAUUGUUCCCGUUACAUUUAUUGUUGUUUUGUAUAUGAGAGUGUUUGUGGUGGCUGUGUCUCAGGCUCGGGCAAUUCGCUCUCAUGUUGGAACUGUUACACAAAAAUCAACACGAGUAACAGCCAAAAAGUCUGAAAUGAAAGCAGCCAGGACUCUGGGUGUUAUUGUGAUAGUGUUCAUAAUUUGUCUCUGUCCGUAUUAUUGUGUUGCUCUCACAGGCCAGGAUAACACACUCAGUGCAUCCGCAUUUGCUUCUGUGGUAUGUUUGACCUAUUUUAACUCUUGUGUCAACCCUGUGAUUUACGCCUUUUUCUACCCCUGGUUCAGAAAGUCUAUCAAACUUAUUCUUACUCUAAAGAUAUUGCAGCCUAACUCCUGUAAGGCUCAAGUACUGUAGAGACCACUAAAUCAAGGAAAUUCAAUUUCUGUGAAUUUUAAAAUACAUUUGUUGUCGUGCUGUCAGUGUAUCUCCUUUGAUGCAUCAGUUAUUUUCAAUCUGCUUCUCUUGUAGCAUAGAUAGCAGAUCUUUACCUGUAACUGUAUAACUUCACAACCAGACAUUUUAUGGACACAUUGGCCCUCAUUUAUCAAUCUUUCGCAGAUCUGAGUGCAGGAUUCAUCGUACGAUAGGACACACGUGAGAUUUAUGAAAGGGUUCGUAUCUGACCAAUCCAAGCAUACGUAUGAUCGGAUAAACGCGGCGGCUGAAAUCGAUCGUCAUCCUGCACAACAGAAAAUGAAACAGUAAACUGACUACUCAGCAAGAACAUAGCUGUUUUACAUAAAUGCAUGUGUACAGGGGCUCUGCUUGAACAGAUAAUAAUCCAUACCUACUGAUAUCUUCAUGGACAAUUGUUUUUCUUUUUUUUAACCUGACACCCACUACUCCAUACAUGUAUAUUUUGAAGAGGCCUAAUUAUUGUAGGAGGUAGAGGUUACCCACUGAAGCCAUGGGUCACCACAGGACCCAGCAACUAAUCUGUAAUAUCAGUAAGGCUGACUGCAGUAGUAAAAAUAGAUCAUGUUUUACUUAAUUCUUACUCAGUCUUGAACUUAGACAGGACUCAUCAAUGGACUCAGACCAUCUGUAUUAACUGUAUCUGGACUCAGAGGGUGAAGAGAUGUACUGGAAUGUAUUUAUUUUCUGAAAGACCCUUUUGUUUGUUUCUGUUAGAUUUUUUUAUAUAUAAAACUGAUAAUUUCAUCACUAUAAAGAAAAAGUUGACAUAUGUUCAGCUCUGUGCGUUUAUAUGUUUUCUUGUCCAGCUUCCACUUCCUGUAAGGAUGCCUAAUAAGGCAUCAUGCAUUUUACUUUCAAAGGUUUUACAAUUCGAGCAAGAGCAGUGCAACCUUCCUAAACUCAAACUUGAACAGAAACCUACAAGAGAAGCAGAAAAGUACAAGAGAAGCUAAAGUUACUUGGACUGCUGGUUAUAUCAUUAAAGAAUAAGUUAAGUUCAUCAUCUACAGUACAAAAUAUCAUUCAAAGAUUCAGAGAGUCUGAGAAAACCUCUGUACAAAAGGGAAAAAAUAGAUGCUGUAUCCUCUGCUCUUAUCAGUAGCGGUACCACCAAGCUCAUUAUCAACUCACAGUUUAAAGCCAGCACCCCUGAUAGUAUGUGGAUCAUAAGUGUCCAUGGCAUGGGUAGCUUCAACAUCUGUGAAGGCUCCAAUAAUGCUGAACAAAAUCUACAGGUUUAGGAGAGACUUGUGCUGCCAUCCAGACAAUGAUGUUUUUAGGGAAGACAUUUAUAUUUCAGCAAGACAAUGACAAACGACAAUCUGCAGGUUUUACAACAGCAUGACUCUGUAGCAGAAGAGUUUUGUUGCUAAACUGGCCCGCCUGGGGUCCUGACUUGUCACUGAAGUUCUUUGUCCACAAAUCUUCGUAAGGAUAACUCAUGACAAGGGAAUUGAUUGCUGCUGCUUCAUUUCUUGUAUAUGUAUUUUUAUAUCUUAAAAUGAAAAUAAAAUGAUCAGAUUUACAUUUGCAUGUUGUAACACUGCAACAGAAGCUGGUCUCAUAAAAGCAGUGGAAAUAAAUGCCACAGAUACUGCAGGGUUUCCCCUACAUGCAAUUGAUCAUGACGCACCACCACACCUAAAGAAUUAUGUUUUUUCUUCCGUGGCUCUACCUCAGGCUCAUAAGCAUCACUGUAUGUGGUGCACACAUGCGCUGCACCGCGGAGCAUGCGCACACCUAGCUUUAGUGAUUUAUCGUCAGCUAUCACACAGCUGAUUAAUUAACUUAAAAGGUUACCACAAUUAAGUUUAGUAACUGUACUAACUUGUACUAACGCUAACUCUAGCAGAGAAACCAGACAUGUAAACAACUAGGGGAUUUAAAAUGAUGGGUAUAUUGUAUACAAAAUUUUUAGCAUGAACUCACAGACCGUGCCUACCGAAGUCGGCUUCCUCAUGUGCACAGCCGCAUAUUAAAUGGGCCCAAAAGAAAAAAAGAAACUCAAUAAACCUUAAACAAUGGUGUGGCGGUUGGCCACACUGCGAUGUUGAUUCCUCCACAGUCCACUUCAACGCUGGCUCGCCAUGGAACAAGAAGUUCAGAUCCCGAACUAUCCAGUCUGGAAAAAAUAAAAAAAUUAAUCUAUGCACACAGUACAGAAUGCAUAAGUCAAAAUCUUUCUCUUUAUUGAUUUCCUUAACUCAAAACUAUCAUUAAACUCUCUUAUCAAGUGUAUUUAGUUAUCAAGUAUUUAAUCUUAUUAUGAAAUGAAUUGAUACACAUCACAUUACAUCAAGAUAUUUCAGUGCCAAUGACCAACCUAUCAUGUACUCUUGUACUGAUAUAUAUACAUCAACAUAAAUUAAAUCAUAGGACAUUUCUGAAAUCCUCUAUUUAUGCCUUUUAACAUGUUAAACUUUGUUUUGAACCCAUUAAAUGACAUGAACCAUCUAUAUGACAUAUAAAAAUGCAUAUAAUACAUAUUACAUGUAUUACAUUCCUUAAAUGAAAUAGCUUUCAACUCAAAAUCAAGUAUAAUGCACCUUUAAUGGUGUGAGACCAUAGUGAGACACUGUCAGAGCUCCGCCCACAGUGCUAGAAGUACUCUAAAGGCAACAACAGCUAACCUUAUGCUAGCUAGCGGUUAGCUUGACGCUACCGUUAUUAGCGACCUUUCACAUUAACUCAUCAUCAUAGCUAAGAAUGAUUAGCAUCUGUGUCUGUGAAGUAUCAGGCACCUGGUAACAGUGUUACAACCCCGAUUGGUGUUUGAAAAGGCGAUACUAUCACUCCAAUGACUCAGUGGGGUUAUAUGAGGUUAUACCAUAGCACUGGCAUUAGCGUUAGCAUUUCUAAAGCCCGCAACAGAUGCGCCUCGUUUAACUUCCACCUUCACGCUAAUACUGCAGGGUUUUGUGUGAAUUUCUGGCUGUAAUAGUGUAUUUCCAUACCGUGAGUUCUCAGCAAGCAAUUGUGUCCUCUCAGGCUCUCAGGACAGUGUCUCCAACCGAAGAAGUUACGCAGCAACGGUUAACAGCCUUCCUUGUAGCGUACGCGCCACCCACUGGUGGGACAUGGAAUUGCGCUACUGCAGAGCCGGAGAGCCAAGCAGAUCCACAACCGUCUUUGCGCCCCUGCUGGACAGAGUAGGUCAUUGCAUAACAGAUCCACAACCCUCUUUUUAACCGCUGCUUCUUUCUCGAAAGUUAUUGGCUUGAAUGGAUCGACAUCAUGAUCGAGUAUCAAACGUAAAUCUCAUUAUUUUUUUUAGAAAUUGUAAAAUUGUUUUCUUGAAUUUAAAAUAAAAGUAAAUGUGACAGGCUCCGUUUAUGACAUUUUUCCCUUUCCAUUUUCCAUGAUAGUCUGAAAUGCACAUCGAAUCUUGGUCAAGCUCAUGCUAACAUUAGCUUGUUGGAAGUCGGAAAUGUACUUUUUGACCCGUAGGCUACUAGCAUUGUAGUGAAUGGAACAGAAGUACGAUGACAAAUAAUGUGCAUGAGAUUGCACAUGAAAAUUUACGAGAAAAACACGCACAAAAAAUCACAUUCAUCCGACUCUGCAGACACAUACUAUUGCAUUCAGGGGGUCAGAAUCAUCGCCAAGGAAUGAAUAGUAUAAAAGCGAGGCCAAUCCCUAUGAUAUUGGGAUAAUAUAAGUUUAUAUUUUGGUAGAAUAAACCCAAAUAUUAUAGGUAGACAGACAAUACACAAAAAGAUGAUGAUAGGUUAAUAAAAAAAUUAAAAUGAAUGAAAUCGUGAUUAAUAUCCAAAUAAAAAUAAAUAAAUUUCAAAUCCUUGAAAGGAAGUAGGCAGAGUCCCAAGAACUGAACACUUUAUUCACAAAUUUCAAAGACUUAUUUUGAUCAGAUCAUAAUAUGUGACUGCAGUCACUUAUUUAUCGAUUAACUAGUUUAUCAAAUUAAAUUUCUGGGCACAAAAAGGGAUGUGGAACAGCAGUUAAAAAGAGGGUUGUGGAUCUGUCAUGGUUGUGGAUCUGCUUGGCUGUCCGGCUCUGCAGACCCGUACUAUUAAAACAAGCUCAGAAACCCAGUCUGGGUUACAUGAGCUUUUCUGUCACCCUCUGCACCUUAUUGAGAGUUUGGGCUUCUAUUUAGUUCACUGAGUUCUUCAUCCAGUUUCUGUAGCAAUGGUCGCAUAAUGUGUUGACAACUUCUAUUGUCUUUGCAAAAUGAUUACUCCAGUAGAUUUAAUGGGCCUAAACCUUGAAACCUUGACAACAACAUCAGUAGGAGGAUGGGGAGGGAAGAUAUUAAAAGUGUGGUACUAGAGAACCUUUCAUCAUGCUGCUGCCAGAGCUUGCAGCAGCUGGUCCUCUCUGCAGAGAUGGAGAAAACUGAACUUUGCUUUCCACAGCUCCUCAACACCUCCUGCAGGAAAUCAAUACGUCCUCACUUUGAGGUCAUGCUGACCUACAUACUGCUGUCCUCCAUCUCUGUGGUCACUGCUGCUCUAAACUUGCUGGUCAUCAUCUCCAUCUCCCACUUCAAGUAUUGUUUCACGAAAUCAAAUGUCUAAUGUUUAACAGUGGUGGACAGAAUAUAAUUUCAUUUCAGAGCAGUUUUCAUGUAUUUUUGUCAUUGUUUGAUUUGUCUUUAUCUAGAUUCCUGACAAUCUCAAUAACACUUAACAUGUUUUCUUCCUCAGGCAGCUUCAUACCCCCACCAACAUCCUCCUCCUCUCUCUGGCUGUCUCAGAUUUCUUCGUUGGCUUCCUCAUGUUAUUUCAGAUCAUGCUGAUAGACGGCUGCUGGUUACUUGGCGACCUGAUAUGUACUAUUUAUCAGUAUAUUGCAUAUAUUGUUAUCUCUGCCUCAGUAGGAACGAUGGUGAUCAUAUCUAUUGAUCGUUAUGUGGCUAUUUGUCACCCCCUACAUUACCCCAGAAAAGUCACUCAAAAAAGAGCUCAACUGUGUGUUUUUCUCUGCUGGAUUUGUUCUGUUAUCUUCCAAAGUCUGAUACUGAAGGAUAUUCUUGAAAAACCAGGGAGGUACCACUCUUGCUUUGGAGAGUGUAUCUUCUUUAUUAACUACAUAGCUGGGAUUGCAGAUCUCAUUUUUACCUUUAUUGUUCCCAUCACGAUUAUUGUUGUUUUGUAUAUGAGAGUGUUUGUGGUGGCUGUGUCUCAGGCUCGGGCAAUUCGCUCUCAUGUUGGAACUGUCACACAACAAUCAACACAAGUAACAGCCAAAAAGUCUGAAAUGAAAGCAGCCAGGACUCUGGGUAUUAUUGUGAUAGUAUUUCUGAUAUGUCUUUGUCCGUAUUAUUGUGUUGCUCUCACAGGCCAGGAUAACCUGCUUAAUGCAUCCUCUGCUGCUUUUGUGAUAUGUUUGACCUAUUUUAAUUCUUGUGUCAACCCUGUGAUUUACACCCUUUUCUACCCCUGGUUUAGAAAGUCUAUCAGACUUAUUGUUACUCUAAAGAUAUUGCAGCCCAACUCCUGCAAUGCUCAAGUACUGUAGAGACCACUAAAUCAAAAAAGUUCUUUGGAUUUUAAAAUGCAAAUAUACAGUGCUCAGCGUCAAUGAGUUCACCCCUUCAGAGUUGUCAGAAAACCUUUAGUUUACUUUCAAAAUCAACAUUUUCUAAGUCAGACCAUACAACAAAAUACUCCCCCAAAUGAAGGCCAUUGCAAACAAGAUUUUUACAAGUUGCUUUCAAAAAAAAAUUUUUCAAUUGAAAAUCAGGAUGCAAAAUGAGUACACCCCAAUCAAAGUUCUGGGAGCAAAGUCAAUUUUUAGUGACCAUAUCACCCUUAUUUUCAUCUUAUGGUUAAUAAAAUGUUAUGUUAAGCUCAGCUUUGACAAAACUUUGGAAAUUGUACUUUUGCUCAUAUCGAUAUAUCGAGUAAUACAUUACUUUUAAUAGGGGAUGUACUGACUCAUGCUGGGCACUGUGUCUCAUUGUAUGUAUCAGUUAUUUCAAAUCUGCUUCUCUUGCAGCACAUUGAACAGAUCUUCACCCGUAACUGUAUGACUUGCCCACCAGAGAUUUAAGGACACACUGCAUAUUAUGUCAAUGGAGAAGUUUUUUUCAUCAGCUGUUGCAAAUUUUCACAGAAACUAUUUUUCUGACACGUGAGUUAUAUAAAAGGGUGAUAUUGUGCCAUUUUUAAAAGUGUUGUAGGUGUUGCAGUUGUUCCCUAAACAUAAAAAGGUCCCAUUCAUCAAACAAGAACAGAAUGAAUUUGUGUAUAAACUGUUUGCAGAAUGUAACUUAUGUGAACUCCUGCAUUCAUUAAAAUCUAUACCUGCUUCUGCCUGCUCAUAGUGUUUGUGUGAUAUAAAAAUGUGCAUACAUAUUGCUUUUAAGUAUCAGAAAUCACAAUUUUAGUUAAUAUUGUGCUUGGUUAUUUUCACAAUAGACAGAUGCCAUUGAAAGAAGUAAUUUAAACAUGACCGGAAACAAAACCCACUGAAGCCAUGGGUUGUGACUGGUCUAGUCCACCACAGGACCUGUUAAAGAACUGGUAUGAAGCAAAUUUACCUGGAUGUUAACCUGCUUUAGUUUAUGUUGUUGCUGUAAUAUUAAUAUCUGUAAGGCUGACUGCAAUAGUAAAAGUAGACAGUGUUGUACUGAAUUCUUAUUCAAACCCUGAACAUAAGUCAGAGUUUCAAUAUGAGAGUCAAGAACUUUGACAGGACUCAUCAAUGGACCUGGAAUAGAAUUGUACUCAGAGGGUGGAGAAAUGUAGUGGGAUGUAUUUAUUUGUUUGUUUGAUUAUUUUUAUAUAAAAAAUAAAUGUGUUCCGCUGUAAGCGUUGCCAUUAGGAUGUCUGAUGAGGCCCCAUGAAACAUGCAUUUCACUGUCAAGAGUUUUACAAUUAGAGGGAGUAAGACAAACUCAAACUCCAAUAAUGCUGAACAAAAAAUCUACAGGUCUUAGGAGAAACACAUGCUGGUGUUUUCAUGGAAGAGCUUCAUAUUUCAGCAAGACAAUGACAAACCACAUUCUGCAAGUAUUACAACAGCAUGACUCUGAAGCAGAAGAGUCCCGCUGCUAAACAGGCCUGCCUGCAGUCCUGACUUGUCACUCACUGAAAACACUUUGUGUGUCAGAAGAUAAGAGAAUAUGACAAAUGAAAUCUUCAACUGUCAGGCAGCUGAAGUUCAGGCAGGAUGGGACAACAUGUCACUUGGUCUCCUUGCGCUAACUGUACAGAGUGCUGGUAAAAAAUAAGAGGUAUCUAUCUAUCUAUCUAUCUAUCUAUCUAUCUAUCUAUCUAUCUAUCUAUCUAUCUAUCUAUCUAUCUAUCUAUCUAUCUAUCUAUCUAUCUAUCUAUCUAUCUAUCUAUCUAUCUAUCUAUCUAUCUAUCUAUCUAUCUAUCUAUCUAUCUAUCUAUCUAUCUAAAUUGGCCUUUAAUAUUCUUUGUGUCAAUAAAAAAUUCAGAUUCUGUUAAUGAUACUCAUAAAUAACCACAACUAAUAUAUCAUCUUAUCUUCGUAACCUUUUUCUUUUUGUACAUAACAUUUUCUCUACAGGUCUAAGUUACCUUUUUAUGAUUAUCUGUACACUGUGUGCAUGAUUCUUCUUUUUUUCUGUGCUGAACCUUCACUGCUGUUGUGCAAAUUUCCCCACCGUGGGAUGAAAAAAGGUUCAUCGUAUCUAACUCAAACAAACAUUUAAACUGCUGUCACUGCAAAUACAUAAUAAAAUUAGUAAUCACAAGCAAGAUUAAUGAUAAAGCUACUAUAUUGACAUCUAAUCUGAUGACAAACUGUUCAUACAUUUCCAUGCAUAUGUUGCAUAUAUGUUUUUAAAAAAUGAUGUAUUAAUCUAUUCUGCUCAUAGACAGAUGAUUAAUCCUCUGUAUUUGUUUCCUUAAUUUUGUUAAAAACCCACAGCAGUAGAAAUAUUGUUUGAGGUAGUUUCAUAUAAAUUUUAUUAACCUUUACAGUAAAUGACACUGUCACAGCAGCAACAAUUACAGUAAAUUAAUAGUAAAAAAUUGGGGAGCUAAUAAAAGCUCUAAACAGAAUGAAACUUAACCAUGAAGCAACAACAAAAAACAUACAAGUGCAUCUCAACAAAUUCAUUUGAAAGAUUAAUUCAUAUUUUCAUUUAGUUAAAAUACAUUGAGCCUUUUUGUUUAAUUGUCAUGACUGUGGCUCAAUUUAACUGUAGGAAAUCAGAAAUGUUGUAUCUCAAAUUAAUAAGAUUGUCCUAAAAGUAUGCAAAUGUAAAUUCUCUAUACUCAGUUGUAUCUUUUUUAAAACUUUCUCUAAAGCAGUUUUUUUUGGAGUGUAUACAGACAAAAUUAACUCCUCCAAAUAAGAGAUAAUGUGCCCCAAUAUCCAAUCAAAAAUGGACAUUCAACACAUUGUACAUUGAAAUAUUUGAGGUUCACUGACAUUUUUCAUGAUAUACUAAUUUGUUGAGAUGCACCUGCACACUUUAUCACAUACAUUCAUUUGUCAUAUACAUUCAUGAGUGUUCAAACUUAAACAUUUUAGGGACUAGAACAUCUCUAUACUUGAUGAUUUACUGUGUAUGAAAAUAUUUCUUCUCACAGUAUGUUGGCCUCACUUGAGUCAGGCUUCAGUAUCCGAAGUGUCAAAAUAAGUCUAAUAGUUCUUCUGAACCAGGGGUAAAACAAGGCAUAAAUCAGCGGGUUCAAACAGGAGUUGAAGUAAAACAGACAUAUUAUGAAGGCAGCAGAUGAAGUGCUGAGCGAUGCGUCCUGACCUGAGAGUAUGACACAGAAAUAAGGACACACACAUAUCAGAAACACCAGCACAACAAUGCCAAGAGUCCUGGCUGCUUUCAUUUCAGACCUCAUGGUGGUCACUCUCACUGAGCAAUGCAGAGUGAUGGAUUUAAUGUGGGUCCUCAUGGCUUGAGCCUGAGACACGGCCACUACAAAUACUCUGAGGUAGAGCAGAAUGAUGACAGUGACAGGACCGAGGAAGGACAUGAACAGGUCGAUAAAUCCAGAGACAUAGCCUAUAACAACCACACAUUCUCCAACGCAGGACUUAAACUCACCGACAUGCUCCAGGUUAUCUUUAAACCGCACACAGUGAAAGAUAAGAGAUGACACCCAGCAGAAGGAGACAGAGAUUUCAAUUUUCCUGUGAGUGAUUAUGGUAGAGUAAUGUAGAGGAUGGCAGAUGGCCACAUAGCGGUCAAUAGAUAUGAGCACCAUGGUUCCUAUUGAAGCGGAGGUUAAAGUGUAGUCAAAAACAAAAUAGAAAGCACACAAAUGAUCUCCAUAGUACCAGCAGCCGUCUAUGAGAAGAAUUUGAAACACCAUGAGGAGACCAAUGAAGAAAUCCGAAACAGCCAGAGAAAGGAGGAGGAAGUUUGUGCAAGUGUGGAGCUGCCUGCAGAGACACAAGACAACGCAUUAUCAAAAAGAGCAGUACAGUGUUAAAGCAACAAGUGUCAGCAAAAAGAUCAACAUUAUUUACUUGUAGUGUGAGAUGGAGAUGAUGACCAGCAGGUUGAGAGUUGUAGUCAGCACAGAGAUGAUGGGAAGUAGGAAAUAACUGAGCAAAGAUAUAGAUUUUGGUUGCUGCGUCCUCCUGCAUGAAGCGUUGAGUAGUUGUGGAAAGCAGUAUUCAGAUCCCUCCAUCAUCUGAGGAGGGAGAUGCUGAGGAGUGUUUGCCCUGCUCUCCUUCCCCUCCCCCAUGAAGCCAUUUGUUAUGGCAGGUUUUAUACCUGCAGUGGCAAGUUUCAUCAUCUACUUUUACCCAAACGCCACCUCUUUUUACCUUUACUUUUCCUUGGUAUUCUCAGUUUGAAUCAAAGUUUAUGCAUUUUAAUCUAGUUUAGUUUAUCUGCACAUCAUAAAACACAAAAAAAAAAACCCAAAGAGAAGUUAAUGCUGAAACAUUGUGAAGGCUGGAGGCCCUGAAAGGCUCAUGAAGAUGCUUCUCUUAAUCAGGUAAACUCUAGUUUUGGUUUAAACUUUGGAUUAAGUAAAAUCGGUACAGCUGCAAAUUAAAACGCACAGUCACCUUGAGGAAGAAAGUCAGAUCAGCUGAUUCAGUGCUCUCAUAUAAGUCACAUCUUAAAUCACAUUUUUGUUGGAGUUGCUCUCCGUUUUAUUUCAUUUUCAAGUUUUUGUUUUAUUUUCGAUUUUUUAGAGCAAAAAUGCUGGAUUUCAUUUUUUGCCAAAAUCGUACAGCCCUAGGUCAUAUCCACUUAUCACAUUCAAUGAACAUUAACUUCUCAUCAUCUCCAAUUAGGCCAGUAUAUAUGCAGCUUCUUUCCCCUCACUCUUUGCCAGAUUGUCUUUGCUCUCAUGCCUGACUCUCCAGCGUUUAUCCUCAGACUGCUUACCUGGUAUCGACCUGAUCUGCCCCUGACCUUUGCUUCUUGCCUCAGCCCCGGUAAACCUACCUGCCUUCUGUCCUUGACUACGAGCUUUGCCUGCCUGGUUCCUGCUAUUCGUCUGCCUGCAGCUGAAUGUCACUCAGCCUGUUCCUGCUCUGUUGAGAUCCCCCUUCUCGUCAGCUUCACCUCGCCAACUCACCUCCUCUGCCGACGUUGGUUCUGCCAGCUCCUCUGCAAGCUCUGGAUCCUCACCCAGUCCUCACCUGAACCACUCUCCAAGAAAUCUUCCUCCAGCUGUGAGUUGAGUGUUUUCCCCUUCACUACACUCGUAGAGCAAAUUAAGACUGUGGACAAUUCCCUGCUCACGAGUUCAAAACUCUUGCCUGACCUGUGGUCCACUGCUAUUCUGCUCGCCUAUCACCCGGAAGACCCGAGUUCGAAUCCUGCCAUACCCACCUGCUAUACUCUGCUGCUUCAUUGGAUUUGGUGUUCAAUAAAGACUGUUGUUAAAGUGAACCUGCUUGUUUGUGCUGCAAUUGGGUCCAGUCAAUACCCGUUACAAUUUUUUGCCAAAAUCGUACAGCCCUAGGUCAUAUCCACUUAUCACAUUCAAUGAACAUUAACUUCUAACAAAGAAUAAACAUAUGUAUUCUAUUGCAUAUAAUUUUCAAUUUUAGAAUAUACUCAGUGGUGACAACAUUUAAAUCUGCUUCUCUUCAUUUUUUAAAGACUCAAAAAGGCAAAUGCCUGAUCAUGAACUGGGAUUUCAGGGUGGCCAUUGGGGUGACCGAUCAGUUUUCAGACCCUCUGACUCCGUUACUGUGUGUUGUGUUUGAGUUUUUCAUCAUUUGGCCCAUGAUCAAUCUACAACUCAAUAUGUAAAGAAAAAUUGUUUUUGAAAACAAAGUAAUGGCAUUUUUAAUGUGAGAGUAUUCAGUACUUGCAGUUACCCGCCCUGUUCAUAGGCUCAUCAGGAGUUAAUGUGGGGUUUAUCUACCAGUUUAAUGCUGCCUGUAAAUGUACUUUAGUGAAAAUUCAGAGAAGGGGUUUUUAAUAGACAGACCUUUUGCCUGUUGGACAAACUGUUUUCAUGAUGAAGUAUUAAAGAAAAUGUCAGUUUGAGUGUUACACCACCUCUGAGAAAUAUUAGUGACAUGAAGUUUGUCAGACAUGGCUCAAGUCUCGAGGUGACAGGGCUGUUUCAGCUGUUGCCCUUAGACUAUGGAACAAUUUACCAGGCCAUAUUUGAGCCUCACAGACCUGAGAGUCUUUUAAAUCAUCCCACCUCUUCUCCUUUGCAUUAAAUAAAUAAGCACACAGGAAUCAUGGCACUGUAGAUUUUAUUCUUUCACAGUCUGUGUUUUAUUCCACUGUUUUUAAUUUUGUUUUUUUAUUGUUAUCUAUUUAUUUACCUCUUUUAUUCAUCCCAUGUACAGCACUUUUUUUGCUGCCUUUUAAAGGUGCUUUAUAAAUAAACUUUGACUUGACUUGACAUGUUCUGGUGACAUUUCAAGAGGAGGGGCUGCAGGAAAAACUGUAAUCCAGCAGAUGUCAUAGCCUAUUUAAAAGAAUAAACACAAAAAAUGAUGAAAAAAGUAACAGAAAAACAUUAGAUUUCACAAUGGGUGCAUCUCUAUGAACUAUCUUAUAUGUACCAUAAAACAGAGUAAAUAAAUCACAUUUCUCUUUGUUAAAAUUUUCUUAAAAGCAUCUUGUAAUUUUACAUGCUUUUAAACAAUGAAGUGCAACAGAAUUAGACUGAUCAUAGGCCUGACUUUAAGGUCCUUUUCAUAGUUUAACAUGUGACGCACAGUCAUGUAGUCACAUUAUGAAAUGUGUUUUUUAAUUGAUGUGCAUGUAUUCAUUUAUAUGACCUUUGCAGUUGAAAUAUUGUGCAGUUUCUUGUUGGAAGGAGUGAUUAUCAGGUAGAUACAUGUCAAAAAUCACACACAUGUAUAAGUGAAAACGAUCCUAUAGUCUUUGUCAAACAAAGACAUUUUGCUAUUUUGUUAACUUAGCUCAUGCAGUGUCCAUUAGUCAAGUGCUGUAUCAGUCUAUGGUUAUGCCCAUCAUGUCUUACCUCGAGUCUCCUCAGUUAUUGUUCAUACUUUGCAAGGCUCCUGUACAUCUUCUGUGACAUCGAAUGUUAGUGCUCUGCUAAAUUAGGAUUUUGUCCUUUCAGUCAGUGGGAACAGUUUAAGCACUCAAAUUGUGGCUUAUGAUAGGGGUAUGAAACUUGAAGUGCAGAUAAUUUAUUUGUAAAAGGGAAAAAGACUAGCAGUAUUUGACACACUACCUGUUGUCUACAUCCGAAUCAUUAUUUGCAGAGAACCUAAUCUGGCCACAGGAUUCACAUCUGGGGCCUGUAACAAACAAAUAAAUAAAUUCCAGUGUUUUAGUCACUUCACUGUACUUCUUAUAGUAUAUUAUUCUCACUAGAACCAGGUUUCAGUAUCUCAAGUGUAAAAAUAAGUUUGACUGCCUUUCUAAACCAGGGGUAAAACAAGGCAUAGAUCAGCGGGUUCAAACAGGAGUUAAAGUAAAACAGACAUAUGACAAAGGCAGCAGAUGAAGCAUUGAGAGUAGAGUCCUGGCCUAAAAGAGUGACACAGAAAUAUGGACACAGGCAGAAAAGAAACACCACCACAAGCACACCAAGAGUCCUGGCUGCUUUCAGUUCAGAUUUCUUCACAGUCACUUUCACUGAACUCUGAAUGACGGCUGCAGUAUGAGUACGCAUAACCCGAGCCUGAGACACAGCCACCACAAAUACUCUCAUAUACAACACAAUGAUGACGGUGACAGGACCAAUAAAAGAGAAAAACAUAUCAGCAAGUCCUACAGAAUAAUCAACACCAACCACACACUCACCAGCACAUGAGCUAAACCUGCCAGGUUGUUCUAAGAAAUCCUUCAAUAUGAUACUGUUGUAAAGAACAGAACAGAGCCAGCAUAGACACGUGCAAACUGUGGCUCCUCUCACCGUGACUUUGGUGGAGUAGUGCAAAGGGUCACAAAUGGCAAUAUAGCGAUCAACUGAUAUGAGCACCAUGUUUCCUACAGAGGAGGAUGUAGUUAUAUAGCCUAAGGUGAUAUACAGAUUACACAUGAAGUCACCGAGGUACCAGCAGCCGUCCAAGAGGAUAAUUUGAAAGAACAAGAGGAAACCCACAAAUAAAUCUGAGACAGCCAGAGAGAGGAGGAGGAGGUUGGUGGGAGUGUGGAGCUUCCUGGCAGGGUAAAAAAGAAAACAACCGUUUUAGCAUUUUUUCAUCAGUGUUUCUUUGUGCAGUGACAGAAAAAAUAAAGGAUUACCUGAAGUGUGAGAUGGAGAUGAUGACCAUCAGAUUGAGAGUUACAGUGAGCACUGAAAUGAAGCACAGCACGACGUAAACCAGCACAGUGUGUGAGUGAGCACGCUUUGACCUUCUGCAGGAGGUGUUCAGGUGUGGAAAGCAGAGUUCAUCUUCAUCCAUCAUUAGGUGGAGAAGUAAGCUUAGAAAGUGAUUGAACUAUUAUUAAGACAUUAUAUAACAAACGCAGACGGUUUCUCCUUCCUCUAGGGAUCCUUCUUGGCAGCUGAUUGGCCCGUCCUCUCUUGUCUCAGACGUCACUGCAUCACUCAAAGUUUUGUAACUUUACAAAUUAGAUAUGGGAAAAUAUCUGCAGCUUUUUAAAUAUAGAAUUACACGUAGCUUAUAACUGUAAUAUCUUAUCUGACUUUUAACGGUUUGGUGAGAGUUAAAGCUGAAGAUACACUAAGCAAAUAAAACAGAGAGUGAAUUCUUCUAUAGUCUCAAAAAGCCACACCUCUCUCAAAGUGUGCGGGUUUUAGCUCGUUGGAAUCCUCACAGAUUUAUUUAUAAAACUACUUCAAGUCGUCAAAAGAGCGGCUUCAUCUACUUUUCUAACUACACCUUCUCGAAGCUGGAAGUAGAAAGUGCUAAGAGCUGUAAAUCCAAAUUCGACUGCCGUUAACAACUGCUCACAAACUCUCAAAACCGAAUGGACUCAUCAUAAAACAUGUCAUAUUUUCAGAUGCGGUUUCAGCCUUUGUUGUAAAGUAAAAAAGGGAACUUAAUCAUAAAGUAAUUGUACAGUACCUGAAAGGAUAUUGAUAGAAAAAUUAAGUUUUGCAGAAAUAGAGAAUAUGAAAUGACAAUGACAAAUGUCCCCACGUGAAGAGCUUUUUAUUGACAAAGACGUAUUAAAGUAAAGAUAUUUGUGUGAUCCUCCCAAGUGAAAGUUGGAAGUUUUAAUUUGAAAAAAACCUCAUGUUGCUUUUUCAAUGUCUUACAAGUAGUACAGAAAAUUUCCCCCAAAUAACAAGAAGGUCCUGAGAGUUUAGACUGAAUUAUGAUACAACCAAAAUCCUCUCUCUGUUCUGUCUUUAGAGUAUAAACCAUUUAAAAAAUCCUGGUUACAAAUGCUUCUGAAACAUAUUUUUGAUUCAUGAUAUAAAGUAUUUUACAGUAUCCAUGUGUAUGUGUUGAUAUAACAGGUAUCAUCAAGUCCUUCUUCUUCAGAUGCUCCUCAUCAAAUCUGGGCCUUUCCAAUUCAACAGUAAUAAUUUUCAGCAUCAAAGGAGAAACAAACCCAAAAACCAAAGUAAAGAUAAAAUGAAUUUCUAUGGCUUUGCUUGUUUAGUUGUUAUGAGUAUGCUGUUGGUGGACUCCUCAUCAGGACAGCUCCAAAUGGGAAUCUCACUGUGUUUUGAGCACACUUGUCAGUCCAGACCUUAAAGGAGACCUGCGAAGAUGACCAAAUCCAAUUCAUUGUUAGGUAUACACUCACAAAACAGCAGGACAGAAAUAAACAUUACUCAGUUUGUCAAUUAUUCAUCAUGACUAUUACUUAUUUUUCCGGCCAUGCAUUUCUAAACGGAGUAACAAAAACCUAGAAAUGGUUUGAGGGGCCUUUUAUAUGAAGACAUAUGAGGACGCCCUAACCCUAACCCUAACCCUAGCUCUAAGCACAACAAAUGCAGCCAUAAAAAAUAGGUAAGAUUAAGUGCCAAUUUUCUAUGAUGUGAUGCAGGAUGUGGAUUCGAAUUUGAUCUUGCCCUAUUUCAUACACUGGCCUGAGUGUGUUUUCUUGAUCAGCUUGAAUUUGGUUUAUUUCAUUGGAAAGGCUCAAUUCUGCUGUGUAAAUGGUAACACACCUGCUUGCAGUGAACCUAAUGUGCAAAGAGAAUUAAGAAACAGAUGUGCUUUUUGGUUUGAUUCAAAUUCCGCUCCAAACACACAUUUGAAUAAUCAAAGAACCUCUUUGUGCUCUGCGCCAUGAUUAGAGCCAAGAUUGUGCGCUGCUAAACUACCAAAAAGUGGUCAGCCAUGCUCUUUUUCACUUUAAAAUCUGUAUAAUAAUGAGGUGAAAUACCCAUACCUAAGAAGUCCAGGCCAUGGUGAUGAUUGCAGGGUUCUCAUCCAUGUAACUUGACAGAACUGAUCGGCGCCAUCUCCCAUGCUUGCUGCAUUUCUAAAAAAGCAAUUAAAACACAUGGUUGAUGUUCGUAUUUUCAAACUGUCUCUGUGGAUAGAGAUUACACUGCCACGUCAAUAAAACUGGACACCCAGGUUUUUGUAUUUCAAUACGAAUAUUGAGGGACCAUACCGGCACACAGCUGUUCCCCUCUGCCACACAAAGCUGCACUCUGCAGUGCAAAAAGACGUCAGUAUUCUGGCCGGUGAACUGGAAUGUGUCGAAAGACACCACAGUGUUCGUUCCCAUCCCAUUGUUCUUCGUCCUCACCGUGUUGUCAGCAGGAUUAGGGCAGCUGAAAUAUGCAAACAGACUUGACUGAGGCUGAGGAACAAAAGGAUCAAAGACAUGUUCAAAGACCGUGAGCGUGACUCUCACCCGUUUAUGACGAGGUCAUAUUUCAGAUUCCCACUCGGCGAAGGCUGAUUGGUCGCCCAGCAGGAGUGAACCACCACAUGGACUAACUUUUCAUCCAGCCCCUCCGUUUUAAGCUCCACCCAGAUUCUCUCGUUCAGUUGGAUUUCAGUGCUUGACUCAACAGAUUGAGUAAGUUCGGCGUCGGUGUAGCCCUUCAUCGUCAGAUUGUAACUCCAUGCUCCAGAGGUGAUAUGCUGAUCUACAGAGCUAGAUCGCAAACACAAGAAUUGAUCCUCUGCACGAACAUCAUAAAAAAGCUUCUAAAUGCACAAAAAAGGACAGUCAUCCCUGGCCUUCAUAUGCGAAGUCAACAUUGACACUGUACCUGUGUUUGAGUCUAACAGCAAAGCUCUUGAUAUCUGGCUGAUCGUAGUAACAGGAGAAGUCGAAGUGCAUUUGGUCAUGACGGUAGAUUGCGCCCAUUGCAGAGAUGUUCUGGGUCAUGAUGGUGUUCUUGUAGAUAAUUUUGCUGUCAUUUGCCUGAAUGGACACAAGACAUGUAGAACCACACCCAUGGAAUAAAAACCAUCAAGUUUUCAGCAAAGUUUUGGAAAGGAUCCAGUCGUUUGUUCAUGGUACAUUACAAAAAUAAAAAGAAGAGACUCACCUUGACCACUGUACCGCAAGUUUUGCUGCCGUUAAAGCGAAAUGUCACCAUGUGAGUGUUGUCGUCCUUUUCACCUUUGCAGGACAUGUCGUUGAGAUGUAAGAUAGAGUAGUCGAUGCCGUGCUCCGCCAACAGACAGUUUGCCAACUGUACUGAAGCCGACUUGUGCUCGCAGACUGUCGGCUCACCUGAACACCCAAAACAAAACACUCUCUCAAGACCAUGUCUGAAUAAAUUCAACAUAAUCUGAAUAAAUCCUUUUUGUCUAAAUGGGGUAUGACAUCGGCCUGAUCAAGGACAAUUUUUGGAACUUAUGAGCAAGCCUGCAAAUUGGACACAGUGGUAUCUGCACCACGGGCGACUCACCGUAAGUGUUUUCUGAUUUGUGCUUAGAGGUAAAAAGGGCACGACAGAGGCAGCGAGGUUGACCCCCGUCGUAUCUGUGACCACAAAACUCGUGAUCACUGCAGUAUGUAUUCAGACAGGAGGGCCGAGGAGCUGCAAACACACAGACAAAACAGAAUAAGUGAAGUUCUGAGACUCAUUACUGCAAGUUUGUUUUCUCUUAUGAAAAUAUGAGAACUCUAGUAUCUGAAGGGAUUUCUCUAGUUGAUUGUUGGACAUGAGCUAUUCACCUAUGUUCUUUAAAUUAUCAUGAAAUUUUUUUUAUUUCCCGAUAAUAAUUAUACGGUUGGUAUUAUGAGAUUUUGAUUUUGUUGCAUCCCUAUCUAAAAGUAUAUGUCAAUUAUAUCAUCUCAUAACAAUUCAUAAUGUGCAUAUGUUUAAAUAAAACUUUCCCUAUAUGUCUAAUGGCAAAUUGAGAGUUUACCUGUUGUAAAGUAUUUCUUUUAUGGAGAAAAUACAACGGAUUGGACUUUCUAGACAAAACUCAUCCAAUUAGAUUCCCUGAAAUUAGCCGAGAGCCACAGUGAAGCACCAUCUGUAUCACUGUGAGGGUCUAUUGAAAAGCCCACAGAAAUUUACAAAGAUUUCCUCAUAAUCCACACUUCAGGAGUUCAGUACAGGGUUUUUCAUUUUUAUAACACAACACAAUCCAAGAUCACAUGACAGUCUUACAGCAGCCGGUCUUCUUCCUCCAGUCCUCCACCUCCAUAUUGUUGUUGUUUUUGCUGCAGAGCAUGGCGUAGAUCUCCAGGGCCUUGCACUUGAAACCAUCCUCUGCAGGGUAUUUGCACAAAGUGUUUUUGCAAGCAGUUAUGAAGGACUCUGGGUCGAUGUGCUUGUUGCAAGCAGUGAAAGGAGCCUGCUUCAGGAGAGUGCACCUGAUGUGAAAAUGUAACAUUUAAGUUUAGUCAAAGAAGAAACGUGUAAGUGGUUUUCAGGAGUGAAUGGUACAUAAUUCUCUUUAUUAGCUUUAAACCACAGAUAUAGAUAAAAAGUUUAAUCUAAUUUGUACCUGUCAACUCUGCAUUCACCUGCAAUCUGUAGGUUGGGCUUCAACAAUGAUUAUUUCCAAAACCCUAAACAGGUCCAACCCAAACGUUUAAGACCUGCUUUUUUAACACAUAAUAUGUGCAUGUACGUGCAUGCUCUGGAAUUCAAAGUAGCCUAUUAACCUUUUUAACUCUGCAACAAUAUUUCUGUGAAGAUUUGACAAACAUCUCUUGAAUUUUAAGCCCUCGCGAGCAACACAUGUGGCUAAAAACACCUCCAACUCAUACAAUCAGUGAGGAUAUACACAGACUAUAGGCCAUGUGGUGCUAUUUUAUCAAUCAUAAUACUCAUGUUAACUUUUUCUUUCCACUUGAAAUAAAGUAAUCAAUGUUUACCACUUAGUAGCAGCUUCACAGUCUAUAUCAGGGUCAGUAGUGUCCUCAUGCUGCACCUCACACCUAUGGAAAAAAAAAAAAGAGUAAAAUUUUAACAACACACACAGCCCUUGAUUUGGUUAUAAUUACAAUUCUGGGUUUAUAAGACAUCUCUUUGUCAGUUUUGAAGGUUAGGAUGAGUCACUGAGUUUGUUUUGAAGCUUCAGCGAAGGAAAACACUUUAGUAUUCAAAGUAUUCAUGCUUUGAUUUUCUUUUUAAAAACACCAAUGCGUUUUUAUUUUGAUAAGACCUAGAAAGUACUUCCACUUGCUCCAAGAUUUAUGGGAAUAAACGUACAUGUACACAGCUAAGUGAAUGGUUUAAACAUCCUCCAUCCUUGUGUAAGUACAACCCAUGUCAGACUUAUUUAGAGAAAAGACCCCAAAAUGCUAAAAUCACCAACAAACAUCCUUUGGUGGUCUGCACAGGUAUCGUCUAUGUGUGGGAAAUAGUGGCAGUAAAAUCUUUACCUGCUACAAUGCCUCUGUGCAGUAUCAUAAAGAGGUUUUGUUUGAGAUCUUACCCACUGGAGCUGUAUUCAGAGACCUUUUCUUGGUUGAAACCUUUGCUGUCAUCUCCACAUAAACCCUGGACAGCUGCUUUGGGUCCUAGUCGGCAUCAGAGGACACAUGACAUACGCACAGUACAUGUUAGUUUUCAAGCACAGUCGCAAAUCAAGAAAACCUGUUUUAAGUUACAAUGAGAUGAGUAAAAGGGGAAUACAAAAAGUACACCAUAGAGGUAGAGGCAUCCAUUAGCUUAGUGAUGACGCAGUUGAAACCCUUAUGCUUUAACUCGUCUGUCUGCCUUUGAUGCCUUUCUUGUAUUCAAAUCUUGUGACAACCUCACAAAACUAUUAACACUUACAGUUAUAAGCUCAAAGUUUUGUUACAUCCAGAAUCUGAAUUGCUCUGGCAUAAAAGAUACAGUCUGUUUUGGGGGGCUUUAAACUAUCUUUUUAAGUGAAGACCUGUAUCAUGUGCCAGGCCUGUAACCUUCCCACUGGCCAGGAAAGCAACAAUCUUAAUGGGAGUCUCAAAGAGCGAAUGGAAGUUAAAAAACUCAAACCUGAUUUUUUCUUCAGCUCUUAGAUCGUACCUGCAAUUUGGAUAAGCGCUUUGUCGCCAUCAAAGAAGACGGAAACCAUGUGGGUGGUUUUUGAUAUUUUAGCAGUCACUCCUCUCUGGUCUUUGGAGAGCUUCACGCCGUGAAACACCUGAGCUGUUACAUUGAGCUCUAAGACUUUUCCAUUCAACUUGAAGAAACCAGAAGACAAAAGUGACAAAAACGCGUCAUUAUUUAACUGUUAUUAUGUGUUACUGACUGACACCCAAACUUAAUAAAAUAUAAAAUCCAGAUGAGAUAAAAUGCAUCUUGGCAAUUAUGGCAAUUAUCAGCUGUAAGAUGUAGAAAAUAACCUCAAAGCAGUGUUGUUUUCAUUGACGAUGACGUUUACAAAAAUAUUUCGUCAACGUCAUCGUUAACGAAAACAACAUUGCAGAAUAUAUGUUAAGCGUUUGACUGACAAAAUGCUUGUCAUGUCGACGUAAACGCACAUUCGUCUUGUCACAUUUUAGUCAUCUAAGACUUAUGUUUAGCUCGUCAACGUCACGUCUUCGUCAUGGAAAAAAAGGGGCAUUGACGAAAUAUUUUCGUCAACGAAAACAGCCAGCUAGUGAAAACAGCCAACGUCAUCGUCAACGAAAACAACACUGCAGAAUAUAUGUUUAGCUUUUGACUGACGAAAUGCUCAUGAAUUUGCAACUCUGUUCGUCAUCCACCACUAACAUUUUCGUCUUGUCUCGUCUCGUCGACGUAAACGCACAUUCGUCUCGUCACAUUUUAGUCAUCUAAGACUAAUGUUUAGCUCGUCAACGUCACGUCUUCGUCGUGGAAAAAAAGGGGCGUUGACGACAUAUUUUUGUCAACGUCAUCGUCAAUGAGAACAACACUGUCUCAAAGAAAUGAGGAUAUUUCGUUUUGAGUCCGCAUUCACCACAAAUGUGACAUACUAAUCUGAAUGAAUAUCAGUUACCUCAACUCUGCCUUGUUUCAGGACAAUCACAACACCUGCAUCUUUCAGCUUCAGUAUAACAUGGCUCAAAAAGUUGAUAUCUUUACGGCGUCUUUCCCUGAACACUCCGUACGCCUCAAACCCUGGGAUAGACUUGGGGCUCAGCAGAGUGUACCCACAUCUGUCUGGGACAGUGUGGACUUUGCCAGCAAAAUCAAUGAUGGCCGACCCAGCCAAAAUGCACAUUUUGUUUGGGACACAACUGACAGAGAAGGAAAGAGAAAAUAACAUAAUCAGCAUCUUUAUAAACAGUAAAAUUAUCAAAAUGUUUCAACAUGUCAUUUAUUGGUAUUUUUUGGUAUUUACCUCCCAUCAUGGCAGCGCUCCAUGGGUCCACAUUUACUGACUACUUUGGCGACUCCGCUGGGAUCACACAAUAUCUCAGAGCAGGUUUGGGGGUCAUUUGUUGUUGUAUUUGUCUUAUAAACAACACCUAGGAGUUGGGGAAAAAUAUUAAACUGUAUAAAUUAAAGUCAUUAAAUGUACUUAACUGCUAUUAGAUAUCGGGCUUCUCUGGAGGAAUAAAUGGACCAACUAACCUGACAUUCUGCAUCCACUCAUGUCUGUGAUGACACCAUUACUUGUGUCGGAUGUCUGAAAUGUCUUCUUAGAAACUGUUUGGCCAUUUACUUGUGAAUCUGCCUCCUGGAAAGUGUCAAAAAAGGAAAAUAAUCAUUUUGUUGAUGGGACACCAACUUUAAAAUGGUAUAUUCAUGUGACAAGCCAUCUAAACCAUUCUUAAAAUUUCUUACAAUAUCUGUAUUUGUGUAUCCAGAAAAUGUCCUGAUCCCCAAGAUUGCUUGUGUCCCAAAGUUGCCGAGUUCAACUUGCUGGACCUAAAAACAGGACAAACUGAUCAUACUCUGAGUAAAGUAGUGGAAGGUCAUAAAAAUACAUGGACUGUGAAGCUAAAGGGCAAUUAAAGGAUUUUAAAAAGUGUUCAGUCAUUAAAAACAUGUAUAAGUAUGUUAAAAUGUAUUUAGUUUUCCCCUGGUUUUGGUCUUUUGAGUGUAUUUUGUUUGUGAUUUUUCCUGGUGUUUCUGAUCUCUAUUGUUCCUGUUCCCCUGCAGCUCUGUCUUGUGAGUUUUCAGUUUGUGUCUGACCAUAGUUCCCUCUUCUUCUCAGUGUUUUAUUCAUCAUCAGUUUUCAGUGUUUCCUGUUUUAUUUUGUAGUAGUUUAUUCCCUGUGUUUCUAGUCUGGUUUUACUUCCUCGGUUUUCCCUCCUCUGUGAUUGUCUGCACCUGUGUCUCAGUGUCUCACCUGCGUCUCGUUGCUCGUUUCCCUGUGUAUUUAAAGUCCUUGUCUUCCCUUGUUUCUUUGUUGGUUCAUUGUGAAUAUGUCUGUGUAUGUUGAUGUCUCCAGUGUCUUCUUGUGGUUUUUUGCCCUUUUGGAUUUUUAGUUGGAAAUGUCUGAAGUAAGUUGUUGUUGCUUCUUAUUUAGUUCUUUUUGAAUAAAUCAUCUUUGGUUCUGCACAUGAGUCCUUCCCCUUUUUUGUUUCAACUUGAAAAACGUGACAGUAACUUAGACUAUAGUAUAGUUCAUUUUAGGACCUGGAAAAAGUUUGUAGUCAAAACAAUGACUUAAAUGAGUUAAAUUUGUUUUAAAACAUAGAGCAGACUAUAUCUUCUAUAUUUAAUUUUUCUGUUUCCUAAAAAUCUCUUUAAAAAGAUAAAAUUAAGUGAUUUUAGUGCUCUGUGUUGCAUUGUAAGGACAAUACCUAAACAGGCCACCAAAUGGCACAUAGUCCUCACUCAUGACAGGCAGCCCUAAAAGAAUGAUUCCUACAGCCGAGGCUAAUGCUAGCUCUGCUAGGUUGAAAUAAUUUUUGUGUCUUGGUUUAAGUUUAUUUACAAAUACACAGAUCACUGUUGUUUUUUGUAAAGAUGCGAUAUUGUUCUUACUUUCUGAAAACAAGUGAUACUACUCUACAUUUAAGUACUUAAGGAUGUAUUUGUUAUGUUACAAGCAAGAGAAUAAAUCCUGCUACUGAGCUGUAUGCUAACAGAAUUUUUUUUAUUGUUCCUUUGUUUUCAUGUACAGCUGCAGGAUUUAAAGGAAAAAGAGAAAAAGAAAAGUCCACUCUGGCAUCCCAAGGUAAUUUUGGUAGAGCAACACAAAUAACAAACAAAAGCAGUGAUUUAAAAAAAAAGGUGUGGUGGUGAAACGAAAAAAAGAUACUCACUGCAGCUUCUAGGCUGUCUCUCAGAGGGAUCACAUUUACACAUCUCCCUUUGAACUUCAGGUCUGGAAGAAGUUGAUGAACACCUGAUCCAACAGGUAUGUCUCUUGUAUAAGUUUCCAGUUCCCCUCUGUCGGCUGUCCCUCCAGACAUUAAAAUGCAGUCAUUUGGGGUUCCCGCUGAGUAGGUGCCAUUGAAGCAAAAUGCAAAUUUGUUGGCAUUUAGGCUCACCUGUUAAAAAGCACAUUGGUAACAGAUUCAAGAUGGUAAAUAAAACAAGUAGAACUGGGCAGCAGCAUUACUAUGGCAAAAAAAAAAAAACUACCUAUUUUUGUACAAAUAUGACAUUGCAAAAAAUCUGACUAUAAAGAAAGACAAAACAAUUAAAUGAUAAAGUUAAUACCACAGUUUCAGAGGUAUCCAAUCAAACCACAAACAAGCAAUAAUAAACCUACACAUAUCUGCAAUUAUCAACCAGUUCAAUAAUACAUUGAAAAAUUGUGUUGGAAUAAAAAAGUAAAUAAAGAAAAGAGAAAAAUGAUAAGAAACAAAACAAAUCAGCUUUAAUUAAUUAAACUGUUUGACUUACAAAGACUUUUUCAUAUACUUGUCCAUAAUAGGUGAUUGGGCAGGAGGAGAUGUUCACCACCCCGAAGCUGGUGAAUGUUUGGAACGUAGCAUCAGAUCCUAAAGUUUCAGAGGUAAAGCAAAAGUGUUUUAGACACAUGCAAGACAAGUCAAAAGAUUUAGAUCUUAGAGCAUCAUAACAACAAGCUUUUUUUGCUUAAAAUCGUAACUUAAUUUGACAUUUCAACGCUUGAUGGUGAUCAUGUAUCAAACCAUUCUUUUGCCUGACAUUGGAUUCAUUGUGCAAUGGUGGUUCUGAAACCCUCUCACCUGUAAGGAGGCCAAACACAGCCAGAUAAAACACGAGGCCCAUCAUGUUGGUCGUCCAAUGUCCACAACCUAACACAGAAAAAGGCAGACAAAUUAUUUAGAAGUUUCUGAUUGGUGACCAAACCCUAAAAAGCAGAUAGAUGAGCCUUAUUUCAUGUAUGUCACUGAUCAGUGCUGCAGCGUCUCAAGCUGCUUUGUGCUUCAUUCUAAUCAGAGACUGUUCAGACCAGCAUUAUUUACGGUGGAAAAAGCAGUAGAGACAGGUGUGUGAAAUUGUGGCAGGCCUGGCAUCAAUGGCCGUCCAUGAAGAGGUUAGCAUGGAUGAAGUUUAACAGGAGUUUUAUUAACACUGGUGAAAUAUGUUUUCUUCAAAGGUAUGUAGAGAAAACUGUGGAGUUUGUCGAUGAUGAGAUUAAUGUCACUUACAAAUGCUGAUUUAAUUAACUGUUUAGUGUUUUAUUUUGAUGUUAUGUAGCUAAAACGUAGUUCAUCAUCCAGCAGCAGUGCACACCUACUACACCUUGUUUUUUGCUCAGAUGGUUUGUAAUAGACAAUUUUGAAAGGUUCUGCUCUCCCCAAACACCGUCAACAAUAAACUUUUAAACAAUAUGACUUUUGCUGGUUAUUGGCCAAUACAGAGGGGUAAAAAUAGACAAGCGUGAGAGAGCUCCUGGGCUACAUUAGGUUUCCAAAUGUACAUGACUGACAGCAGUGAUGCAGCUAUGACACGUGAACGCACAGGCACUUAUGUAAUGUGACUGCUGUUGCAAUCAUCAACAUGAUGACAAGAAUGACUUUUCAAACCCCAGUAUCCCUGAACAAUGGUUUGACAGUGUGCGACAUGAUCAGAUAUGCAGCAUAGUCUCUUUGGACAAUAUUUUGACUGGAAACCUGCCAGACUUAGCCAGACUUUGAGUCUGGCAACCAGUUACCCAGCAGCCAGUGGGGCAAUUUCAAUGUUGAGCCCUGGACUAUGCAUAAAUUUACAAUUGACAUGUCCAAAGAAAAGGCCAAUGACAACCUCAAACACUAUGUAGUAUAUUGUACAUUUGGCAUAAUACACAAUAUGAAUCAUCAGAAUUCAUGAUUAUUAUCACUGACACUGCCAUUAUGAGACUUAAGAAAUCACUCAAGCAAUAUAAACUGAUAUGGCACCAGUACAUGACAAAUGUUUUCUUGAAAUGCUCUUGAAUAAUACUUUGAUGACUCUCUUGUUGAUUAUAUUUACAAAGAUCCAAUACUAAGAUAAGAUUCAAUGAUAUCGUAUCUUGAUCCACCAGACACUGAUUCAUCUUUUAACCCGAACCGGAUCACAGCUAUAGUGUAAAUAUCUGUCUGAUAGGUGAAUCUAUUUACAUUUUUUAUAGUUAAAGGUGUCUUUCCUCUGAAAUGUUAAUGCACCAAAAUAACUGUUGUCUAAAAAUCUACAACUCUGAAUCACAAAGUCUGUUAAAUUUAAGUUAAUUCUCCCUUUUACAAAUAUAUACAGUAUACUUAAAAAUGAGUUUUGUCAAAUUAAUCAAAAGAUGUAAGUGAAAGGCUCUUACCCUCUGGAGGAUUUGUAGAGAUGAAAUGAAGGUGCACAGCUCAGUGAUCAAAAGGCUUCUGGAUGCUUCAGCAGUCACACUGUCUCAACGUGUGAAAGACUCAGCACACCCUCUUUGUCUCCUUCUUUGUCUGUGUGCUGUACAUGUUCACAAUUUUGUUGACUCCCCAUCAGUCAAAAAAGUGUCACGGAUUCUUGUGGCCUUUUGUCUUGUUGGACAGGCCUCAGUCACGAAACGUUCCGGUUUCCACAUACUCUGUAAUUACCUGGAAGAGUCUGAUUCAGACUGCUGGCAUCACAUCAACACCUUGUGAUUUCUAUUAUAAGACUUUCUCUAAAAGAGGACAUCAAGUUAUCAAGCUUGACUGUCUUUCUUACAAAUUUGGAAUAAGAAAAAGUUUUUAAAAAUCAUUUUAUAACCCCAAACCCAUUGAAUUUGCCUCCUACAGACCCAUGAAAUUCACUGUAGUUAGUCUGUUAUCUCAUAUUACUUUAUUCUUAUUGAAUAAAUUGUGACAUCUUUUUAUUAUGCACUUGCAAAGGGGAUCAUUUUGGCCUUGACAUGAUCACAAGUGCAGACAAGAGAAGGAUCUAGUACAGGGAAAAAAGUAGAAACCAUAACUUGAAGAUGGGCAGAAGCUUUUAUAAAAUUUAAACUGAUUUUAAAAAGGUGGGAGACGCCACACAGGAGAACCAAAAAAUAACAGAUUGAACACUUUUGUUCUUGUAGAGUACACCACAUGCUAACAGAUUCAGUUCACCAACAAACAGACUCACUUUUAUCCUUAGGGUGCAGGACCAGGAUGUAGGCUUCAAGGGGUGUACAAGAGAUAUGUACAUAGCAAGGGGGACCAGUGUAGUUUUUAAUGUUUCUAACUAAUUUUGAUUAACAAGUUACCUCAAUUUAAGAUAGCAUGAGUCUUAGCUAAUAAGUUGAAGGCAGUUGGUGCAUCUGUACCUAAUAUGGAAGUGCUGAAAUCUGCAGUGAAUGCAUGAGGCUGCGUAGAAUCACCAGAAACCAUGUACACACUCAGGCCCCCCCAAAAAGGCUGUUUCGGAGCAAAAGUGAAAAUGUUUCAUGGUUUCAGUUCUGCAGUCACGAGAUAAAACCCUCAAACAGCCUACGAUGGCUUAUAUUGGUGCAUUUACUCUAACUGCUGACCAAACUUUACUUUAAGAUCUGAUAUAAUGACAUAGAUUAGUCCCAAUCUUGUUUUGGCCUCGCACAGUACACUUAACAUCUAAUGUAAUGUACAUACUCAAGCUUUGUUUCUGCUGUCAUUGACUAUCUAAGUUGGUACUAAUAUUUAGAGGAUAGAGGUCAAUAAAAAUAUUCUAAAACACACAAAUAGAAAAACAGCAUUAAUAGUACUGUGGCGCCAUGCUGACCUUAUUUAAAACCCUCAAGGGUGUUGGUAAGUAAUUAUUAAACGGAUGAGGCUUAGUUGAAUCGUCUAUCUAUUGUUUGCUUAUUUGCUUAUCAAGAGUCUGUGUUUGGUUUGCAGGUACAAAAGAAAAAUAUCCUGAGGCUUAAAUGUUCACUUUAAGUGACCCGGGUGGAAUGUAACAGGGCAGGAGACGUUUGACACCUCUAUUAUAAUCGUGACACUGAUGAAUUUCACCUCCAGGAAAGAAGUCUUGACAGGUGUAAAGCCCAGGCGUGUCCGUCUCAUCACGAACAACAUCAGUGUGACAGAAGAAAGUUGAAGAGAAUACACAAACAUGCAAACACUCGAGCGGCGCUACUGUGUGAUAAGACAUUUUCAAAGUUGUUUAAGUGCUCCAGUAUUGUUUAGUGUUAUGUAAUGACAUAACUUAAGGGCAUAAAGGUGCAUAUACCGUGCUGUGAAAUGACAGCUGCUGGCUGCUUGCGGGCUGUAAGAUUUCCAGAACUGCAGAGGUACCAAAUGAGAGUGAGGAUGAUUAUCCUUUUUUUUUUUACUGCUUUAUUGCAAGGCUUCUUUCUUUCACAAACAUAGUCAGGCUUUCAUUUUACAAUAUUAUACCUUACAUUUUUUUUCUCUUCCUUCCCUUUUUUUUUUUUUUUUUGGGAUGAGGAUGAUUAUCCUUGUGCUUUUUGUCAGAUACAGGACUCCAAAUUUUACCCAAAAGGCCAGAGGUCUUCUCUGUUACCUGACCUGACUCUUUCUUGUCUGUCCCUGUCAGCAGAGAAAAGAGAACCCCAUGCUAAAUGAGCUGUUUGAAUGUUAAUGGACCGAGUGUCGCAAAGUACUAUCAGCUUAAUGACAAGUUUGUGAUGAGAAAAUUGGGGGUGUAAUUUAAAAACCAUCUUAGUGAUGUGGUUUUUCAGGUUGGAUUUUCUGCCCAAAAACUUGCUGAGAACUUUGUUCAAUUACUCAGAAUCUCUUAGGGUCUGUAAGGCCCAUGUGUACACUGUAUGUCUGAGAGGAGCAGUACUCUUUGGCCUUGUGAGAUGUGGAAUAUAUCAGUAUUUAAAAAAAACAACAUCUUUAUUGUUAGAGAACAGGAAAACACAACCAGAGCAGAACACAAUGCUGUUUGAGAGGAGGUCUUUGCAGGAGAUGUUAAGAGCUUGGACCUGAUCAGAUGGACACCAAAAUGAAACAGCUUUCCAAUCGCAGAAAAUUCACACUGUUAUUUUCAAGGAUGCUUUAUUUAGUUUAGUUUAGUAUAGGUAUGAGUGCUUUGAAGCACUUCUCAGAAAAAGCUGACAUCAAAUCAAGGGUCCAAGUGGAAAAUGCCAUGUUCAUUCAGCUUUGUUCAAUGAUGUUCCAACUCUUACACAUUUAUCAGAGCAUGACAUUGACCUGGGUAUUGCAAAACAAGUCAGCUGGCAUUUUACAGCGUGAGAAGGAAUAGCCAUCUAUGAUCGACUUUGAUACCUGUUGUAAUGUAGUUUAUUAAACCUGACCCUCAGACUGUGAGGACUCAGGAGACUGUGAUAGCUGGUGUUGAAAUAGUUUGCAUUGAAUUUAAUCCUUGAGAAAUAGCAAUAGUACACAGGAGGGUGCAGCACAUUGCCAGGUUAAUGCUCCCAUGCCAUUCUUCUUAGGUGGUUGGUUCGGUAAUGUUGGGUAGUUCAAGAUGAGAGAACAACAACUUCUUACCUGCAAAGUGAUUUCAGUCUCUACCAUAGAAAUGUAUCAUUCUGUGGGUUAAAAAUCUAAAUCUGCCAUUUUAUGUGCUUGGCAGAAAAAUAAGUUUUCAUCUUCUGCCAAAUGUGACACAGUAAACUCUGUCACACGAUGUUUGUUUCUGCUUUAUUGUUUGAUUUUCAUAUUUUUCUGCCCUACUACCUUUCAAAGGGACACAGCGGGGCAUGGGUGUGUGCUAAAGACUUCUGUCUGUUUUUAUUAGUCUUGUUUGAACAGUGAGUCUAUUGUUUCUCAUGGAAAUGUAACAAACUCAAGAACAAUCCACUUUGAAAGACGCAUUGUUUAUGAUUCUUUCUCACCCAGCCUCUCACAAAGUGGUGAACCUCCUCACAUGUUUACUUCUGAUUUCAAACAUGUGAAAUGAAAAAGCAAGAGGUCAUACAAAGAAAAAGUAAUAGUGACAAUACAGAAAAUACAUAGUACAACACAAGAUGGUCAAACACCUGAUUAUUUAACAUGGAUCCUAGUAGAUGAACUUAAACUGUCUUCUAUGUUUUGUGGUAGUUUUGUCAUCGUAAUUCUUGUUGUUUUCCUCGAAAAUUAAAAACUAAAUAAAUGAAAAUUUUUAUUUCUUUGCUUAUAUUUUUAUUUCAAUUGGGAGUAACAAAAAAAAAAAAAAAAUACAAGAAUGCAUUUGUAUGGUCUUGAUACUUGGCAUUGUGAAUGAUCGUAUAUAUCUUUUUAGCAGAAUAAAUGGUGAACUGUGAAUUUCUGUGAAUUUACUGUGCUUUGGUAGUUGUUGCCCCAAACCUCUGAACAGUGACUUAAUUAAGGUGAAACCAGUAAACAGUAGAGGAUGUGAAGUGAUGUAUGAUCCGAAACCUGUUAAGCUUUAUUCAACACUACAAUAGUUCUUGAUUCUUUGAAUAUAAAUGAUUAAUAUGUGAUUUCUCAUCUAGUGUAACCCAAAGAAAUUUGAUUUCAUGAACUCUUUCUAUGUUGACUCUUUCUACUUUAACCCCCACUUUUGUAUUAAAUCUAGAUUCCAAAUAUCAGUUUUUUUGUUUUGCUUAAGUUUAUUGAAAAUCUGUAAGUAUUGAACCAUGCCUUUAAUUUGUUCAUGUCUGAGGUGACAACAACAAAACGUGUUUGUGUAAUCCGCAAACAAAACAAGCUUCAGUACAUACAACACUUCACAUAUAUCAUGAAUAUGUAAGAUGAAUAAUUUAGGGCCCAACACUGACUCCUGGUGGGCAGCACGAGCAUUGUACAAACAUGAUGAGCAACAAUCUUUUGACACCCCUUUAUACAAUCCAAUGAAUGGAAGAUCUUAUAGAGUACACUCAUGGAUAAAUAUGUAAAAACAGGGUCAUCUGGAUGCUUUCAUUGCAUAGAAUGUAAAAGGAAUGUAAGGAGGAAAACUAGAUUAAGUAGGUGAUCAGAAUAAAUAUGAACCAUUGAGGAAACAUUUGAGUUUAUUCACACAAAAAUAAUCACAUUUUCAAUAAAAUGACUGAAGACUGAUUCAACACUGUCAGUGUUAUGAUUGAAACGCCAAAGUCACUUUGCCAAGGCUGCAUCUUUGUGUUAUUUGUUGGUUUUCCAGAGUUUUCAAGGCUGCAAACUUGAGUUUCUCAAAACCCAAAGAAAGGGGUAUUUCCAUUACAUCCUUGUUUGGUCCAUCUCUGCUCCACCCAACAGCAUACCUGAUAGGUUUCACUGUAGUUUGUGCUUCCACAAGUACUGCUGUAGCAUACGAAGGCCCUCUGCAGCAGAUACACCCAGCUUCUAUUAAAGCACCACAGAGCAGACUGAGCAAAAGAGGAAGUCAGACUGCAAAAGUUGAAACUUUUGGCUAUUAAAUCACCACAACUUUUCAGAUGCUUCUUUUUAGGAUCAGAACAUUUUUCCUGCACAUGUACUCGUAUCAAAUUGCACAGGGGAGUCAGUCUAAAAGUUCAUUGACCCCAAUGUAACAUGAGGGUGAGGCGGGCAGGAUGUCAUCGAGGGCAAACCAAAAAAAAACCUAAAAAGGGGAUGUCUGAAUGCUUUAAUUUGAGGGGCUGCCCGAGUUCAGCAGCUCCUCAUCUUUGUUGAGAUCAUGCCAGAAGCUGAACUCUGCUUCCCACAACUCUUCAACGAUUCCUGCAGAAAACCAGAGACUCUCGACUCAGCCUCUUUAAUUCUCUACACUUUUGUGUCGUUAGUGUGUCUCCUCACAGCUGCUCUCAACAUGCUGGUCAUCAUCUCGAUCUCACACUUCAGGCACAUAAUCUCUCUUACGAAUUUAGAAAAGUUUUAGCUUGGGUGCAUUGCUGGUUUACGAGUGUGAUAAACUGUUUUUCAGCUUCUGUUGACAUGCUUUACAGAUGUGAUAUCCUCUCACUGCAGGCAGCUCCAUACUCCCACCAACAUCCUCCUCUUGUCUCUGGCUGUCUCUGAUUUUCUCAUGGGUUGUUUGGUGAUGCCGGUUGAAGUCCUCCUGAAGGAGACCUGCUGGAUCCUGGGUGAUCUCAUGUGUGUGCUUUACUUUCUGUUACCCAUCACCGCAGUGUCUGCCUCUGUCGGAAACAUGGUGCUCAUAUCUGUUGAUCGCUAUGUGGCUAUUUGUGACCCUUUGCAUUACCCGGUCAAGGUUACCGUCAAACUGGCUACAGUAAGUGCUUCUCUGUGUUGGAUCUGCUCUGGUUUCUACAGCCUCAUCCUUCUAUAUGAUAACCUGACUGAACCAGGGAGGUAUAUUUCCUGCCAAGGAGAAUGUUUUGUCGGCAUUUCAGGAACGGUUGACAUUGUUUUUUCCUUCGCUAUCCCCAUUUCUGUGAUCAUUACUCUGUAUAUGAGAGUGUUUGUGGUGGCUGUGUCUCAGGCUCGAGACAUGAAGCGCAGGGUUGUAGUCGUCUCACUUGUGCAUUCAAAAAAAGCGAGAAUAAAAAAGUCAGAAAUGAAAGCAGCAACAACACUUGGUAUCCUCGUGGUCGUGUUUGUGAUUUGUUACUCUCCUUAUUACUGCCUCUCUCUUACAGGCCAUGAUAUCUUGAUCGGCACUGAUGUUGAAGUUUUAAUGAUUCUUCUGUUGUAUUUUAAUUCUUGUCUCAAUCCUCUCAUCUAUGCUUUGUUCUACCCCUGGUUUAGAAAAGCAACCAGACUCAUACUGACAUGUCAAAUACUACAGCCUGGCUCACGUGAGGUCCGUAUGCUUUAGGUACAACUGGACCAGGAUAAUGUUGUAAUCUAACUCCCUUUUUUAAAUCUUUCUAAACAUCAUUUUCGGUACCGAUAUUAGUAUGAAUACAUAAAGAUCCCUCAAGUUUCUUGUGUUUACUGACUGUGCCUGUAUUUAUUGGUUCAAACAGCCAACAUUUUAGUCUGCAUCAUCAUUUUUGGCCAAGACAAACUUAACAGGCAUGUAAAAAAGCAACUCACACUCGUGUCUCUGUAUGCAUAUGUGUCGGCAUGUGGAAUGAUCUUGUCCAGGGUAUCGUUCAUGUUUUCUUGAUGGUGUUACUGCAAUGAUAUGUAUCGUGAAAUCUAGAAGUUUAUGAUUGUUUUUUAAAGACAUUUAAACGAGAGAUGUGUCAUUUAAAAGAUCACAUACAAAAAUAAAAUAUUGAUUCUUUAGUUUUUUGAUUCAUUUGUUGAUUUCUCCUUACUCCUGGUUCAGAAAGGCUCAUACUGACAUGUCAGAUACUGCAGCCCAGCUGGCUUAUGUGAGGCUAACAUGUUUAAGAGCAGGAGUUCCCAGACAUUUCACAUGCCUGUAAACCCUCGAAACAUACAAUGUUAGGUUUGUCCAAAGCAUGCAUUUAAACAACAACAGAACACAAAAACUUGACAAACAUUUUAUAAUUCUAUAGUAAUUGAAAAAGGCUUGAAACAAGAUACAUUGAGGAUGUAUUCUCAAUGAUUACAUUUAUAUUCACACAUUAAAACAUUGUUUUAAGCACAGUGAAAGCUGUGAACAGUGACACUCACAUCAUGGAUAGAGCGGCCUGUGUAUAUCUGGCUAAAAAACAUUAAGAAUGGCUCUAAAUGUGUGUUUGUUAACAUAAAGUGUGAAGCGCAUCCUUCGAUUUCCUCCUGAAUCAUACUAAGCAAGACGUCAUGCCUCAUUUAGGUCAGUGGAAUAGAGAAAAAAUGCAGUAAAAUAAAAAUUAAGUAGGUUAAAAAUAUACAAAAAAAAAAAAAAUUGAAAAAAUAAACUUUGAAACUGAUAGUUCAAGGUUUGAUAUUAAAUUUUAAAUAAAAAAAAUAAAAUAAUAAUUUUUUACUCAAAUAUUUAUUGUUAUUUUUCCAUUUGCAGGUUUAAUGUUUUCAGAUUAGGAUCUCAUGUUUUUCACAUUAAAUUCAUAUUUUCAGUCUUGAAAUUUUUUUUUUGGCCCUUAAAACUAUUUUCACUUUAAGAUUGGAUUUUUGGUCAUUUUCAAACUCUUGGUCUUAUUCUGGCGUGGGGGACAUGGCAUCAUCUGAGAAGGGUGUGGGAUUGUGAGAGACACGAGUUAUACAUUAAGACCAACAUGUCAAGGUUUAAAGUAAAUAAUUCAAAUGUGUUUGUGAAACUUGAAAAUACAUACAUAAGUGUGAGCAGAACUUUGCCUUUCUGUGGCAUGGACAAGACAAAACUACUUAUUCAAAUCACAAAAGAUCUGAACAUUCAUGAAACUUAUUGAUGGGGGAAAGCACUACAAAGUAAUCAAUAAGUGAUUGGACAAUUACAUAACAUACCAUAACAACAACGAAAGAUAAUAGAACAAUAGGCUGAGGAUGUGAAUGAUAAUGAAAGUUCUCAUCAACUGUGAGAAAAACAACACAAUAUAGGAUAAUAGCUAAAAAUAUUAAAAGUACCAAAACUUACUAACAAAUAGAUCUGCUGAUAUAUUUUCAACUUGAGACUGAAGUUUAACUUUUGAGAAACAUGAAGCACACACUGUCAGAGUUUGGCUGACACGCAAACAACAUGUUCAGCAAACCCACAGGGCUCUGCACCCUCCUCCGUGUGUAAUUAGCUGACUGUGUCGCUCUUGAAAUAUUUUCACACCUGCUUUCAUUAGUGAGGUAUGAUGACAGCUCUGCAAUCAGAGGUGUCAGGGAAAAAGUUCAGACAUCAACAUAUGAUGCAAUUAUUGCUUAGAGACAAAUGUUAAGAGUUUUUUUUGUUUGUAUGUUUGGAUCAUGUCUGUCUGGGGGUCUAUGAUGAAAUACUGACACACCAACACAGAACAUAAUCUUUGCAUUAAGUUCUACUCUUCAGUAAUUAUUCGGUCUGUCUUAUUUCACCAGUUGCAUCAGUAUUUCAGGUAAAUUACAUUUUUUUUUGUGGGGGAUUACAUUUUGACCAAGUGCUCUGACAACUCUUAAAACUUAUUUAUUUAUUUGACUUUGUCUAUCCUUACCUUUCAUGAUAACCGUGAAAGUAAGGUAAGUAAAACCUUCUGUUUUAAAUCACACCCACUUAUAGUUUUCUAUCAAAACAUAAAUACAGAUAAUAUUUGGAUAGACAAAAUGCAGAUUAAGACAUUUCUUACACCCCAUGUUGAACCAUCUAUUAUGGCCUACCUUAUCAAGACUUACGGGGGCUGAAAGUUGAGCUCAUUGCCAAGAGUCUAAAUCUUUCAUUUGACUCAUUUCUUUGUCACUGUAGUGUUGUAUUAAAGCUCCAGUGAGUAGUUUUUUAACGUUCAUGAAAUACACUUAAAUUCAUGUCAAUGCUUUUGAUUAUGACCAUAAACUGUAUAUAAGAUGGACAGCCUGGUUCCGCCUUCCACCUGUAUACAGAUUUGAAGCCAAAAAGCUCUCAGUAAUCCCGGGUUUUUCUCCACUUCCUCGAAACCAGAGCUGCGCAGAAGCGUUGUACGCAGACGUUUUUGGCUGGGCGGGAGACUCGGAGUGAUGGCGCUCCGCUCAAAAACCCGGCGAGGAGACAGACGGCGUCCAUCUUAUAUACAGUCUAUGAUUAUGAGAAGCAAACAAAACCAUCAGCAACAAGUCUAUUUUUAUACUUUCAAUUUUAGUGCCUGAAACAGCUGCAAGGAGGUCAGUAUCAGUGGAGUCACUGAGGAAAAAGCCCUAAUUUUUUUUAACAUAUUUUACAUCAAAUACCAAAAGUUAUCAGGAUGAGAUCUUGUUGGAUAAACAAUACAACUUUUGCAUGCAGGACAAGAUAAGUAUGGACUGUCCAGAGGACAAAAACUGAUGUAAAGUUUAAAGUUUUUCACAGGAGCUUUAAUGAUGGAAAAGAAAACAUCUGUACAAAAAUGUCCAUAAUGUAAUUUUAAGGCCGAAUCGCACAGCCCUACGGAGGCAGGUCAACACCCAGUCACAGGCUAUUACAACAUUUACAAUAAAAUAGAAAUAAACGUUAAGGUUUUAGGAGAUUAAAAUAAAGAUCUGACUUGCAAUUUAGGAUUGAAAGAGACAUAAAGAGUAUAGACAAAAAGCACAAUGUUGAGAUUGAGGAGGGGACUUAGUUAUUGAUGUAAGGGAAAAUUUGAGUAAGGCGGAGAAACGGUAAGGACUCUUAAUAAAAGAGCUGCACGACAGAGAGCAUACAAAAUCCGGACAGAUGAUGAGUGCGAGAGGAUUCUCUCACGGGGCAGAGACCUCAGAAGACGGCGAACUCUGCAUCCCUCACUUGAACACUUCCUGCACCAAGCCCACACAUGCUCCAGUUGAGGCCAUGCUGAUUUAUGUUCUACUCUCCUGCAUCUCUGUGCUCACUGUGGCUCUCAACCUGCUCGUCAUCAUCUCCAUCUCUCAUUUCAGGUAUAUAUUACAAUCUUAAAUGUUGAAAUGCACAUGUUUUACCUGAUUUUUCAGAAAUGUGGGGGUUUAAUCUGGUGAAGAACUGACACAGUAACAUGCAUCUUUGUUGAGAUUGUUGGUUGACAGUGAUUUGCCAUUCUUGUUUCCUACAUUUCUUACUUCAUGGCACUAAGUCAUGAAACUAUUCAUUUAAGAUGAUGUAUUCAGUAGUUGCAGCAUGAUUAGUGACACCAUCCUCCGUCUCCAGGCAGCUCCACACCCCCACCAACCUCCUCCUCUUCUCCCUGGCUGUCUCGGACCUCCUCGUCGGCCUUGUGUUGAUGCCAGUUGAAAUCAUCUACAUAGAGGCCUGCUGGUUUCUCGGUGACAUUCUGUGUACUGUGUAUUACGUGAUGGACUACAUAAUUACUUCUGCCUCUGUUGCAAACAUGGUGCUCAUAUCAAUCGAUCGAUACAUUGCUAUUUGUGACCCUUUGCAUUAUCUCUCUAAAGUCACUAAAGAACGAGUCCAGUGCUGCGUCUGCUUGUCUUGGAUUUGCUCUGUCAUUUUUCGCCUUCUUCUUUUACAAGACCACCUUGAACAUCCGGGCAGGUCUAACUCCUGUUACGGAGAGUGUGUGGUUGUCAUUAAUUACAUUGCAGGGGUUGUAGACCUUGUUUUCACCUUUAUUAUACCCAUUACUGUCAUUCUACUCUUGUACACACAGUUGUUUGCAGUGGCUGUGUCUCAGGCUCGUGCCAUUCGGAGUCAUAUUGCAACUACGCAGCGUUUAGGAGCUGGUGUUGUGAAGAAAACCGAAAUGAAAGCAGCGAGGACUCUGGGUAUUGUUGUGGUGGUGUUUCUGUUUUGUUUCUGCCCGUACUAUUACCCCACCCUGGCAGGGAAAGACACUGCUGUUGAUGCUUCAGCUGCAUCUGCAGAGAUAUGGCUGGCACAUUUCAACUCCUGUCUAAACCCUGUGAUAUAUGCAUUUUGUUACCCCUGGUUUAGGAAAUCUAUUCGGCACAUUCUGACUCUGCAGGUACUGAAGCCUGGUUCACGUAAUGUGAAAAUACUUUGAUGGCAUGUAGGAGUGUUUAAGCUGUCAUAAAUGAAUAGUUUGUGUACUUUCAGGCAAAAAUACUGUAUAUUUUCAUGUUCCUAUACCAUGCACUGGAUAUGUUGAAAUUCACACAGCUGAGGUCAUUCAAGAUAUCCUAACCCUAACCCUAACCCAAACUCAAAACACACCUAUUCCAAAUUGCAUAUUCACUUUAACUAUCCACUUUUACACUUGUAUGUUGUUUUUAUUUAUUUUAAUUAUGUUGCUAACUGCGUUUUUAUGCCUGUACAGUGUCCUUGAGUGUUCAGAAAGGCGCUUUUAAAUAAAAUGUAUUAUUAUUAUUAUGAUUAUAGAUUUAUUCCUAAAAUAUAACUUUCAUUCAUCAAACCCAGAUUAAAAACUAGUUUAUGACAGAAAACCUGUUUUUAGGGAACUGGUUACUCCGUUUUUUUCUGAGACAUUUUCUCCUUCUUUGCAAAGUGAGCUAUUGAACAGGCAGAAAAAAAGCACCAUUUAUUCUAUGUAUUUAUGUAUUUGUUUAUUAUACAUUGAUAUACAGUAACAUUGAUGUGAUGACAUUUAAUCAUGCACAAAUCUAAAAUGCACUACAGUUAGCGUUUAGAGCCAUCAUCUGUCCACAGUUUGCUUUUAGAAGUGAGUUUAAGAUGAACUCAUAAAAACUAGGCUGAUAAAGAUGUAAAUACACACCCAAUAUACACAUUAAGUAAAUGUAUUGCUGAGUAUAACACUGCAAUAUGUUUUCUGAAUACUGGAAGUUAAUCCAUAUUAUAGUGCAGAUGCUUUUCAGGUUCAUAUAUACUGUUCAGUAAUUUAAAGACUGUCUGUAUUGUUCACUAAUAAAUCAGAAAUGAUCUCUUUGUUUUUUAUACAAGACUUGGUUUGUUUACUAGAGCAUCUGACCCCUACCUGCAUGAUUAAAACAAAUGCUCUGUAAUACUAUUAAAGUAACUUUCUAAUGUUUCUAAUGUCUAAUCUAAAGUUUCUUUCAUGUUUUUCCUUACCUGCAUUUGCAACACAUUUAUUCUGAAUACAGGAUACUGUAUAGCAGUUUUUUAAUCACUAAAUUUUCACAGUUAUUCUGAGGUUAACUGACAGCUGCUGGAAGCCUCAUGUGAUCACAUUAAAACCAUGUAAAAGCAUGACCACAAUACCCAGGCUUCCAUCUGAAAUGUACAUGCUGAGUGAGAAAACACUGACUGCACAUGUUAAAUCAUUUCCAGUUUUCUUGAUAAUUGAUAGAUUAAUAUCUCUGUGAUGAUUUUAUUGCAAAUGCUCAGGUUACAAUGUAAAUAAAGGUGAAGUUUAAUGUGCAGCUGUAACUCACUGUAAUAUGUGUUUGGUGUAUACGCAUGCAUUGUGAUUACAUAGCUUGGAUUUAACAGUUCAAUGAGCAGCAUAUAUCAGUCAAAUCUAUACUAGACACAGAAAUUUUGCUUGUUUCUUGUCUUUUGACAGUUGACAUCAUGCAGAAACACUUGAAGCAAAAAGACAGCAUUAAAAAUUUCAAGGUUCAUUUUAGAAGCUUUAUAAGAAUUAAACAUAUUCUUGAACAUGACAAGUCGAAGCAAAGGAACAAACGAUUUAAUUACAAGAAGAACAGGAAAAGUCUGUGAUUCAAUGUCUCAUGAAAACAACAAGAAAAACAAAACAAAACAAACAAACAAAAAAACAGUGAAAGCCAGGACUGAAGGCCAUGAUAUGAUGAUAUUAUGAUAUUAUGAUUAUCAUGACCUUAGAUCUUUUAUAUGUCCUUAUAAAAAGCAUUUUACUGAUUAUGAUAAUAUGUUUUUGAGCUUUUGUUGGAUCUUAUAAGCUCUUACAGUCUGUUAAAUAUUCUUAUGGUUAAAUAAAGUUAUUAUUAUAAUUUGUGCAGUUUAGAGUUAAGACUGUUUUCCAGCCAUUUAGACACAGGGCAUCUCAGGUGAUUUGACUAAGUAAUGCAAAAAAAAAAAAAACUUGUUACUUUCAGCACUGAGAAACCGAAUAAUGUACAAUUACUUCUCAAGAAAAAUUUUUUCCCUAAUUUUAUUCUUUCUUUUGAGUCACUACUCAAUCACUGGUACACUGAGUUAUUGGAUGUUGGUUUCUCAGCCAUCCUCUGCCUUGUGCCUCUCUUGAACAGAUUCCUGAACAUAAGGAAGAGUUUUAUUCCUGGUAAAUGUGCUGAUAAAUCUGUCUAGAUCUUCAGAUAACUUUUUUGACAAAAAGAGGUAAUCAUCUUUAUCAAGUUAUUACGAGCAGCUUAGAACAAAGGGAUGAGGUGAUGUGACCCCCUGAUUGGUGAGGAUUGUGACGUACUUAUGUGUAAAACUUGAGUAAAGGAGGGUAGGAAGGGUACAGAUAAAUAAGCUGCAUGGUUGGAGAGAUCAGAUCUUCUCUCUCUGAUGAUGUCGGUCUCAGAAGAGGCUGAACUCUGCUUUCCCCAACUCAACAAUUCCUGCAGGAAGAUGACUCGAUCUACACUGGAGGCCACGCUCACCUACAGUCUGCUCUCCUGUGUCACGCUGCUCACUGUGGUCCUUAACCUUCUGGUCAUCAUCUCCAUCUCACACUUCAGGCAGGGACACUUUUUCAUCCGAGACCUUUAAAUGUUUUUUUACUUUCAUUUUCAGGUGCUUGAUGAAAUCAUUAGCAGAUUUUUUUGUCGAUUGGUCUAAAACACACACUCCUAUACCUCUGUUUGUAAAGCUUCUACCAUUAGAUGUUGAUUUUCUGAUACUUUUAAAACUGAAACAUGCUAAACUUUGCAUGACAGCUGCUUCUAUCAUUCAUUUCUGCACCUUUAAUGCUCAGUGUUGAUACUUUUCUAUUUCAGGAAGCUCCAUACCAACACCAACUUUCUCAUCCUCUCUCUGGCUGUUGCAGACUUCCUCGUUAGUUCCCUUCAGAUGCCAGUUGAAAUCCUCCUUCUCAGAGGCUGCUGGAUGCUCGGGGACCUUAUUUGUGCUAUCAAUUACUUCCUAGGUUUUGUCACUAUCAGUGUUUCAGUAGGAAUCAUGGUGCUUAUUUCAGUCGACCGCUAUGUGGCUAUUUGUGACCCCAUGCUUUACUCCGCUAAGGUCACUGCAAGGAGAGUGAAAGUCUGCAUUUGUCUGUGUUGGGUUUGUGCUGCUUUUCACAGCAGCUGGUUACUUCGGGACUUCUUAAAACAGCCUGACAGGUAUAACUCUUGUUUUGGAGAGUGUGUUGUUGUGAUAAACUUCGUUGAAGGCUCUGUAGACCUUGUCGUGUCCUUUUUCGGCCCUUUUACCAUCAUCAUAGUUCUGUAUAUAAAAGUUUUUGUCGUAGCUGUGUCUCAGGCUCGAGCUUUGCGAAACCAUGUUGCAGCUGUUAAGAAUCAAUUAAGAACACUAACUGCUAAUAGAUCUGAGUUGAAAGCAGCGAGGACCCUCGGUGUUGUUGUUGUCAUGUUCCUGUGUUGCUCCACUCCUUAUUACGCGCUCACUUUUGCAGCUGAGAGCUCUGUGGGAGUGACCACCGCAGCCGUGCAGAUUUGGCUUCUGUAUUUGAACUCCUGUAUAAACCCUCUGAUCUACACCUUUCACUACGCCUGGUUCAGGAAAUCAGUCAAAAUUAUCUUAACACUCCAGGUGCUGAAGUCUGACUCCUGCAAAGCCAACAUACUGUAG